CUGAUGAUGGUGUAUUGCUUUCCUCUUUGUAGGUAAUGCAAAAACUUCUGUGAGAAAUUUCAACUGUGUUUGGUACAAUAGUAAGUACAUCAAUUGCACAUGGUUACCUGGAGAGAAAGCACCUCCCAAAGUCAACUACACUUUACAUUACUGGUUAGUAUAAAGUUAAUUCCUCUCAGUUCUAAGAUGUGAUAAGUGAAGUAUAUAAAUGAAGCCAUUAUGCAGUAUUGUAAGUGAUGCCAUGGUAAAACUUCAUGUGAACUAUCUUAGUAGAGUUUGCGUUUUUACUUUAAUUUUAGUAAAUGCCCACUUCUAAAUGUCCAUAGUCCAAAGUUGUCAAAUGGUGGGUAAGCAUGUCUGAUCCUUUUUUUUUUUUUUUUCAAGAAAUCUGGAUGAAUUCAAUUUCUUCCAAGCAACAUUCACAUGUUUCAUACAACUCUAAAUUGUAGGAGAUUACAUUUUGGUUUAUUCAGUGGUUUUCAUGCAUUUGUCUACCAUAACAAGUCGGCAGUGGGAAUUUUUUUAUUUUUUUUUUAUCUACAUAAUUUGAAUAAGAAACCUGUGUAAAGUGCGCAGAAGAAAUAGUAGUUGCACUUUUCACAGAUUUUCAACAACACUGAAAAACCAAAUAACUCUAAAUACCACUUUGCACCCAAAAACUAUUCAAUCAACUUUUUUCUACAUGUUCAAAGGCAAGUCAGGCUAAUUGUGUUGUUAAAGGUACUCUAAGAGCUAAAACGAACACCCCUUAUAUUUCUUGUGCAUUUUUAUAUAAUCAUAUUGCUUUCUGUGCUUCUUCAAUCUAGAAACUCUUAGGCUGCUAGUCUGUCAUUUAUUGUGAUACGAAGUCUCCCCAUAUACUUUUCAUUUCAAUUAGUAUGAAUGCUUCCCUUCCGUUAAUUGAAGUGCUAGUGGGAUGAACAAUUACCCUAACACUAAUUGCCCAAAGCUUAAGAAGAAGGCCUCCAUCGAUUUUUAUUAAAAAAAAAAAUACGCCUUCACUAGAUUUUAGAAAAAAUAAAAUACCCAAGAUAAAAUAAUGUUUUUAAUAAUUGAUUUAUUCAAGCCUUGCAAACUGAUUACCUAGAGUCAUACUCUUCUGACCAUUAAAUCAGGCUUCUAAAAUAAAAAAUAAAUGUGAAAUUCUCAGAAGUAAACAUCGUAAUUAAAGCUAAUGUUAAGUGAUAUCCUAAAAAUUGAAGUUAAGUUAAUAAAAUGUAAAUGAUUUCAAAAACAAAAAAAUUGUAAGGACCCUGUGCAAAAUGAUGAUGGCAGUGAAGUCUUUUGGAUAUCAAGAAUAGUCUGAAGGCCACUAGAGGUACGAUUUAGUUCAAAUGAAAACAUUGCGAUUUUUCUGGUGUUUUGAAAUCUUUUACACUGUCAGACGAAAGAGGAAGCAUUUAUGCAUCAAAACCACAAGAUCAAGAUGCAGUGGCUUUGAUAUUUAAAUGGCCGUUAAACAAUAUAACUGCUUUCAUUCUCUAAAUUGAAAACAUUUAAGUAAAAUGUAAUCUUAAAAACAUAUAACAGUCUAAAUCAGACCACAAAAAAUAGCUGUUUAGAUGAAACUGUUAAUUACGUUUGUGGAGGUUAAAUGAUAAAAUAAGCCUUUCAAUGUUAAAUUGCUAUUAUUAAGCAAUUUAAUUAUAUAUUUUUUUCCAUAUGUUUCAGGGUGAAAAGUGAGAGUUCUAACAUGGAACUAAAAGUACCUCAUUCUCGACUGUAAGUAACAUGGAAAUUAUAUAAAAGGAUAAAAUGAUAAUAUAUAUCGAUGUGGGCCGGGAGUGUAUCUAAAAAAAAAAAAUAUAUAUAUAUACAUAUAUAUAUAUAUAUAAAAACCUCUUUAGUACUGAAUACAUUUUUAAUAAAUGACUGAGAUAUUCGUAUGUUAGUGGAUGAAUCCAUUUUUAAGUUUUUGUUAUGCAUUAGUUCUGCUGUAAUUUCAAAGUGAAUUCAAUGUGAAUUCCAAAUUAAAGGUAAAAAAAAAGCUCAGCUUAACCCCUUAAGUGUGAAUCCAAGAUUAACAUGUGAAUACAAUAUUAACAUGUGAAAAAAUAAACUGGAAUAAUGCAACACAAACAGUUGCGCUCACACUUUAACACAAUCGCAGCUAUAUAUAAAUCCCUUGAUUUUACAAAUACCUUGUCUAGGAUUCCAAAUAUUUUCUUCAGUUAUAGGUGAGAUAGUACAAAAGAGAGAAUUACAGUUGUAAAGGUACAAAAUUGUAAAAUGUGGUAUGCUAUAACAGAAAAAAAGAAUUUGCACAACAGUUCACAGAAUCUAGACUAUUUGAUAAGUAAUCUAGCUGCAUUUUGGUACAGUUUAUGUCAAAUACUGUAACAUUUGUAUAUUACCAAUUAGAUAUAUGCAUUCAGUUUUGGAGCUAGAAAGAAAAUUUUGGUUUUUGGUUAUUUAGUCAGGAAAAGAAAGGGAAAGCAUUGUUCUCCUAAUGUCAGAAUGACUGAAUGUCUCAAUGACCGAAUGUCGGUCAAACAACAUUUGAUCAUUUAGUUAAUAUUGUGAACGACAUGAAAUUCAGCCAAUCACAGUCCGGCAAACACAAGGUCUGGUGAGCGUGUUUUAUUACCAAUCCCGUGAUCACACUCACAGACCAAUCAUCAUGCAAUGCUAGUUUGAGUGUUUUUGAGUGUGAUUGAUUUAAUGUUUUAUGAGCCAAUCAGUGUCAUGUUCCUACCGAAUGAGACCAGUGUUGAACUUGUAUCGAGUACUGCCUGACUAGCUCUUAUUUCCUAUUGAUGCUGGAACAAUGAGAGUGAGUCAGUAUAAGCUGAAUAACAGUGUAGCACUGUUGGCUUGUUGGACUGCAGUCUUUUAGCUAGCUAGCUAGUUUGUGGAGCUAGUGACAGAACAGACUAGUCCGACAGAGAGAAUAAAACUUAACCACUGGAGAUUUUAUCUGCCUUCUCCUUUUUUGAACUGAUUAAACUGACCUGUGUAAAGCAGAUUACUUUUUAACUGGUUUGCAGGGGCAUGAAUUAACAGUGACCAGUGAACUAACUGGAUUGUGUUGAGUUAGAUGUUGGAUUGAAUUGUGUUCUAUUCUGACAGCGUUCAGUCUUUUUUUCUAGUCUAAGAGAAAUUGAGCUGGUUAAUAAAAACUGAUUACAGAAAGGACUAAUUUUUUUCCAAUAGUUUAAUUAGUUUAACUAUGUUUUCAUAGUACAAGGAAGGUGCUGGUAGUGUCCUACAUCAGUCCAGGGUAGGGGAUCUUAGUUGCAGUUUAUUAGCUGUUAUUCAAGAACUGCUAUGUUCACAGCUGCAGGGUUAAAACUACGGGGACCUGGCACCCAGAUCACUUCAUUGAGCUGAAGUGGUCUGGUGCCUAUAGUGGUCCUUUAAAAAUGAAAAAAAUCUGUAAAAAGUAAAACAAAUUUAAAGCUUUUUUUCUUGAAAAAAUUAGUGCGCUGAAUAUAUAUUCCACUUCAUUCAGUCCACGUGUUUUUCUUUGUAUUUAUGUUUAUGUUUAAGUACCCUUACCAGAGAUGUGAUGGAAAGUCACUCAUCACUAGUGUCAGCAAUGUGUGAAGAUGUAUAACCUUGGAACCCUCCUCUGAUAAAGUGCUUGAGAAAAUUGUAACAGGCCUGGAGGAAGAGGAGGAAUUAGUUAAGGAUCCACAGGAAUAAGAGAAGGAUCAGGAGACUACUGUGACGACUACAUUUCAUUAAAAAAAGAGAGAAGGGUGGUAGUAGUAAAUGUACAUAGUUUGAUAGAGUCAGCAGUUACCCUAGUUGCCCUGAAACCAGCUGUGUCACACUUACUAGUAAGUAACUAGUAGCACUUAAUAUGAAGUAGCAGUAGUUGUUUAAUGGAAUAGGAGCAGAGCUGCAGUAGAUCCCCAUUUAACGUCCAGCAGGUCUACAGCAUAGGGGAACAGUGUGAGAGUAUAUUCAUUCUGUUGGUGAGGGGCAUUUGGCAAAAUCCAGGCUGUGUGGCAAGUAGCAGUCGCACCUUCUGCAUGUCCCGGGAAUAAGGAAGAAGAUCAAGCUAGUCACCAAAGACUAUGGGGUGGGGCCCAAAAAGACAAUGCCAGGCCCGUCAGCUGACCCUUGAGGAAUUUGGCCCUGUACAUGUCAUGGGCAUGUCAAUUAAGAUGACAAGAUUAAUAGGCAGCUUAUUGCUGUUCAGGGAGUGUAUUUUGCCCCAGUAAAAGGUAAGUCAUUCAAACAAAUGAUACAGGCUUUUGAUGCCACCCAGGGCCGUCUUUAACACAGGGCAAACGGGGCAGCUGCCCUGGGCCCAGUUACUCCUGGGGGGCCCAAAGCAGCUGCCCUGUGGGCCCACAACAAUUUGGAGGGGCCUAUCAGGUGGCCCAUGCAUGGGUGUCUCUGAACAGGCACCCGGUGGGGUGCCAUGGCCCUUUAAGAGCAGACCGGGCCCCUGUAGUCUUAGCUGGAUGGGAGGAAGUGACAGCCGAUCACUUCCUCCCAGCUUUAGCAGAGAGCACCGCGGGAGGAAGGAGGCAGCAGCAGGUAGCAGCAUGGGGGGGGAGAGGCAAGAAUGAGCUUCUGCUCAUUCCCACUCCCAUCAGCCUCAGCCAGCUCUAAGCUGAGUUGAAGGUAAGUGUAUCCAGUCCCUGAUCCUUUCCUUCUGCGUGAAUGGCUGCAGCUAGGAUAGUUUUUAGAAAAACCACCCCACUCAAUGCCCCUGCCCUGCUUUCCCCCACUUACUGCUUAUCUUCUCUGUGCCCCCACUUACUGCUUAUCUUCUCUGUGCCCCCACUCUCUGCCCCUGCCCUGCCUUCCCCCACUCACUUCUUCUCUUCUCUGUGCCCCCAAUCUCUGCCCUGCCCUGCCUUCCCCCACUCACUUCUUCUCUUCUCUGUGCCCCCACUCUCUGGCCCUGCCCUGCCUUCCCCACUUCUUAUCUUCUCUGUGCCCCCACUCUCUGCCCCUGCCCUGCCUUCCUCUACUCACUCCUUCUCUUCUCUAUGCCCCCACUCUCUGCCCCUGCCCUGCCUUCCCCCACUUACUUCUUCUCUUCUCUGUGCCCCCACUCUCUGCCCCUGCCCUGCCUUCCCCCACUCACUGCUCCUGCCUUCCUCCCUCACUGCUUUUUUUACCCUGUGCCCCCACUCACUGCCUUUCUACUAUGUGCCCCCACUCACUGCUUUUUUUCUGUUUAGAUUAGUUUAAUUAUUGCUGCAGUUGCAUUUAAGCACAAGUGAUGAGAGGAUGAGAUACAUAAUUGGUGUGUAUUUGUUUUGUAUUUUAUAUUUAAAUUCUUUUUUUUUGUUGUGCAUUACAUAUAACAGUACCAGCUUGCCUUGCCACAGCAGCAUCAGUAUUUACAAGCUUUGUGCCUCCUCCAACUCUCUGCUCCUGCCGUGCUGCAAACAUAAAAAUUAUCACAUGUAUGUCAGAGUGUGUGUAUCUGUGUGUAUGUGUAUGUAACUGUGUCAGUGUGUAUCUGAGUGUUUAUGUGCCAGUGUGCAUAUCAGAAUUUGUGUGCAUGUGCCAGUGUGUGUAUCUGUGUGUCAAGGUAUGUGCAUGGGUCAGUAUGUUUAUAUGUGUGUUGAGGUGUAUGUAACUGUGUAUGUGUAUACAUCCCAGCAAUCAAAAACAACAUGCAAACACAUCCCUGAUAACACAAACAUUACAGACAAACACACCCCUGAUUUCAAACUCAAAAUUAUAUAUAAAACACACCCUUUACCCAAACACCAAUACUAUACACAAAUGUUUAGAAGACAACACUACAUUCUAUAACAACCCUGAAGGCAAAUAUUACAUACAAACAAAACCCAGUAUUAAAAUGCCAAAAUGAUAUGCAUACACCAACUCACAGUUACACACCUGCAUUUAAAAGUCAACCAUACAUACAAACACACACCACUGCAUUCAAACGCAAACACUACACACAGGUACACCUUUGCAUUCCAAUUGUAAUAGUACAUACAAAUACACCUCUACAUGCACACAUAUACUCUAUACAAAAACAGGCUUACAUUCAAAUGCACAAACACUGCACACAAAUACAACCCUACAAGGAUGGGCAAAGUAUAGAUCCCCAGCUGGCAUAGCAUCGUGGGAGUUGUAUGACAGAUGGGGAUGUAUCUUUUCGCCACUCUUGUGCUAGAGGGGGAGGCCCAAACAACUUUCUUGUACCAGGGCUUCUCUGCAUUAGUUCCGCCACUGGGUUGGAGUGUAAGGCAUGAUUGCAUGCCAGGGAGUGGGAGGGCAGCAGGGUCCAGGGGGCCAAAGCAAAUGCUUGCCCAGGGUCCAAUCACUAUUAAAGACGGCCCUGAUGCCACCAGCUUCUAGAACAACAUUUAGCAGGAAAGCAGUAUCCUGUCUGCAAUGCUCGUGUGCAUCACUUUUAAAGGGGGAUCUGUGUAAGGACGCUUUCUUGUUUCUAACGGCAUUUUGGUGGCAGCCAAAAUGUCUCAUGUGCAUCAAGCACAUCAGGUGACAGGAGUAGGGAUAGUGCAGGUUUUAGACCUUUUCUACAUGAAGAGAUAAUAGAUCAGCAGCACAGCUCAGCUAGCAUUCUGAAGGCUCUCUGAGCCUAAUAGAGAGAUGUUGAUAGAUUUCCAGACACUAACACAGCAGCGAGAGGGCUGGUCAAAAGUUGAAAGAGCACCAAGAUCAAGCACGUUUGCCACUGUAUCCAAGAUGUUGUGACACUGGAGAACACUACCUUGGAGGUGAUGGAACACAUCCUCGAUUAGCAGAAAGCGAUACAAUCCUUAUCAUAAGAAAGGAGCAUAGUAGUGAGCAUGAGCAUGAGCAUGUUCACUGGGGAAAGAGGAACUAUAGGUCAGAUAGUGGCAGCACUUAAGCCUUUCAAGGGUCCCAAAGACAAUUUAAGUCAAGCCACAGCAAGCCUUGGGCAGGUGAUUCCAUUAUUCAUGUUGUAAAGAGCAACAUGGAACCAGUCAUAGAGAGUCAAGAGGAUGAAACUGGAGAGAGGUUCAUUCAGACAUGGCAGUUUUUCUAUAUUCAUUUCUAUUUUUUUUUUUUAUUGAAAGUUUAGGUGCAUGAAAUGAUCAACACCACUCCAAUGUUAAUGCUGGCUACCAUUUGUGAACCAAGAAUAAAGCCUAAUAUAGCUGUCAGAAGUAAUACCGUGCCUAUAUAGAAAGACAAACUAGUUAAUAAAGUGCAUGAGAUGCAGAAAAAGGUAUGAUGGAAUAUCAGCAGCAGGUGACAAUAGGAGAAACAACAAUUCAAAAAAAUUAUUGUGAAACUCCUUGUUGCAGUGUAGCUCUGAGCAGCAGAGAUCCUCCUCCUUAGCUGGUGUCUGUGAUCGUGGAGCUAUAGAGAGUGGAGCAGCAACCGUUUGGGUCAAGGUUCUUACUAGAGCCAUGGAGGGGAGGAAUGGGUGGAGCCACAUGAUCAUCCCAGAGUACCACCUCUGAAUAGGUGAAAGCAUAUCUGUUAGAACCUACUUUGUCUCCAAUUACAGAGCCUCUUACUGGGAACUAAAAAGUCAGGUCACUGGCAACAUCAUCAAUCCCCAGUGGUCAAAGCUCUCACCAGAUUUAGUUAAAGGACCACUAUAGGCACCCAGACCACUUCAGCUUAAUGUCCAGCUAGGGUUAACCCUUUUUUUCUAUAAACAUAGCAGUUUCAGAGAAACUGCUAUGUUUAUAUUAGGGUUAAUCCAGCCUCUAGCGGCUGUCUCAUUGACAGCCGCUAGAGGCGCUUGCGUGCUUCUUACUGUGAUUUUCACCGUGAGAAGACGCCAGCGUCCAUAGGAAAGCAUUGUGAAUUUGUGUUUUCCUGGCACUAUAGUCCUUUAAGAAAUGUAUUUAUUUUUUUUUUAAAUCACAUAUCCAAGAUUUGCUAUCCAUGUCUACCGGAUAAUGCAGAUUGAUUGUAGAGGAACCAUUAGCCCACUUUUUAUAUUCUUUUUUUGUUUUAGGUGUGCGAUGGCCACUUCUUUCCUGGGUUCACGUCCAAAACAGUCAGUUGUUGCUAGUAUAAGUUAAAAUAUCCCCCUUUAGGGAUGUUGGUACUGGGGUAGGGCUGCAUUACUUCACCCUGUAGAGCACUGCAGCGUUUCAUUAGCAUUUUGCAGGGACCUAAUAAAAAACGGCUCAAUUUUUUGACAGUCUGCCACCUCUCUACCUAGGCUCACAUUCAAAUGCAGCUGCUGUAACUGACUCUGGCUGAGUAUACUCCCUUGCCACUUGCCUUUAUUUAUAUUUAUUAUCUUUUCUCAAAACCUGGGUGCAGCCAUUUUGCUCUCCUCUGUCCACGACAUCUGCUUUAAGCUCCAACUAUUGUCAGCUUUUGUCAAUUUUACUCCUAAACAUAAGGAAAAGAAGUCCCUACUUCACCUUAUGUGUUUUAUGAAAAAUAGCGCUUUUUAAAAUAAGAAUAAAAAUAAAAUGAGAUUCAGACACAGUGAGCUAUAAAGGGCAUUAUUGGUGACAGAGAAGCUUUAAUUCUUAAGUGGUGCUGACAUGGCUAAAAGCUAGGAAAAGACAAUUAUAGUAAAUGUUUGGUUUUCUUUUAAAUCUGUUUUCAGUUCUAACUAUUUGGAUUUGAAUUUUUUAUAGGUUUGAAGAGUUCUUAGACACGGCCCAGACUUGCAGCCAGUAUACCUAUGAGAAUGGGGUUCCUGUAGGAUGCCAUUUUGAAUUUACCAAUGAAACAGAAGAACUUCAGUUUGUGGUUGCAGACGUAAUUAAUAAAAACAUUGAGCCGUUCUACUCAUGGAUGAAACCUUUUUCUAAAUGUAUGUUUUAUUCAGUGCAAUAACAUUAUAUAUUUAGCAAAUACCAAUGUAGACUUGAAUUGUUGUAUGUGAUACACAAUUGAGGUUGUAGCUGACCCUCCAUUUUUUUUGAGAUCGUGUAGGACUGAAAAAGGAAAGAACUUGUGUCCCUCCACUAUUUCUGGUUUCUCCAUAGUGAUACAGUACAAAUAUUUAAACCCCUUUUUGGCAGGGCCUUCUAUAUAUCUAAUAUAGCUCUUUCAUAACGUCCUAUUGACAUACAGGUGAGCUCCCUGUUGUUAAUUUUAGUUAUGGAAAAAGUAUAAUUAAAACUUGUGCAAGGUAAUCACGUCUGACUAAAUGCUAAAUUAACUUACGCAAAGGGUUUUGUUGAUUUUUGUUCAUGAAUGAAACAAUUCUGUGUCAGCUAUAUUUAUAUGAGACUAGUGUACAACUUUAAAUUGAUUGCAAUGAGACAGCUAUACGUGUAUCUUUAAAUGGUUUAUGAAGGACGUAUAGCUGUAUAUGUGACUCUAAUCAUCUCCGUUUAAUUGUCAAUUUAUUUUUAUUUUUCUUACGCCAAAAAAGUUUUAUUGAAAAGAAAAUAUGAAUGAUUUUUGCAUGAUGCUCUAUAAAACCUUAGGUGCUUUGAAGGUCUAAAUGUCUAAGCAUUUUUUUUAAUAAUUGCUGUAACAAAGCAGCCUUUCUAAAUUUCAAGGUAGACACUAUUUAAAUUAUAUUGUUUCAAUACAGAACAGUUCUAAACUUUAGCUAUUAGAGUCUUCAAAACUGUCUGUUGACAUUAUUGUUUUUUAAAGUGUGCCUUUCAUGCCAAAUGUUGAUUGUUGUCAUUUGAACAAGCUUUCAAUUUCAUUCAAUUGAAUUCAUAACACAGUGCUAUCAAAUAACACAGAUUUAAAAAAAAAUCUAAGUUAAAUAGUGUCGCCUCUCCCACCUGUUAUUCAAUGUGUGAAAUACACCAUUUUGCAAUUACAAUAGUUAAUUGAUCUUAAAAGGUAGCUUUCGGAGUUGGUUCUCCUACUUGCCUUUGCAGAGUACUGUAGUUGAUUGCUAGUCUACAAGACUCUUAUCACUUAACAUAACAUUUAAGUACAAAGUCAAAAAAAUAGCUCUGUCCCUGUAAAGUACUGGCUAGGGAUGCAUGAACAAGUGAUUUAAUGCCUAAAUGGCAGAGAAUUGAGCAGUGAGACUGUAUGACUACUUCAUUAAAGCGGCACUGUCAUGCCGAACUUACCUUUCCUCAAUCUCUUCCUCUUCUCCCCCUCUCUCAUGAUCUGUUCUUCUUUUCUUCCUGUCUUCUUUAGUUUUCUUUAAAAUCAUAAGACAAAGUAGGGACUCUUUGCCUUAUGGAGGAUUCCUCCGCUUGACCAGCUCUGACCAGCGGAGGAGCAAAGUGUACUUUAUUUCCACUGGUCAGAGCAAUUUUCCCAUGAUCCUUACCUUUCCUCUGUGUUCCCGCGAUGCUUCCUGUCACUUUACACGAAACUGCUGAAUUGCGUUCUAACUGAAUGAGAACAGUAUGUUCGUUUCUUUUAGAACGCAAUUCGGCAUAUUAUACGGAUCGGAAUUUCAUUCGAAUGAAAUUGAAAGCCUAUGGCUGCUCACUGUAAAAAAAAACAAAGAAAGAAAACUAUUGGCCCCCACCCCUAAACGACGGGUGGGGGCCCUAAAGUACCUGCGCUGGGUGGGGGUCAUAAUGAUAAUGAGGGGGGGGGAAUAAAAUAACUAACCUGUAAAAUAAAAUUAAAAACUUACCAUUCGAUGUCUUCUUUUUUCUCAAAUCUUCAUUUUUCAGCCCCAAAAAAGGCCAAAUAAAAAACCAUCAUAACCAUCGAAUUGAAAAUAAACUAAAAAUCCCGAGCGCAAAAAAAAAAAACCAACGAAAAAGAAAAAACACGAGCGCAAAAAAAUAAUCCAUCUUCACCCAUGGAGGGCUCCACGCAAACUGAGCUCCGCAGGGCGGGGGAAUCCAAUCACAGUGAAAUCCAUCCAAUCAUAGUGCUCUGUGUCAUUUUACACAGCAUGGGAAAGUUCUUUUGAAUUUUCCCACGCUGUGUAAAAUGACACAGAGCACUGUGAUUGGAUGGCUUGAAAUCAAUCCAAUCCCAGUGCUCUGUGUCAUUUUAUACAGCGUAGGAAAAUUCAAAAGAACUUUCCCACGGUGUGUAAAAUGACACAGAGCACUGUGAUUGGAUGGAUUUCAAGCCAUCCAGUCACAGUGCUCUGUGUCAUUUUACACAGCGUGGGAAAAUUCAAAAGAACUUUCCCAUGCUGUGUAAAAUGACACAGAGCACUGGGAUUGGAUGGAUUUCAAGCCAUCCAAUCACAGUGCUCUGUGUCAUUUUACACAGCGUGGGAAAGUUCUUUUGAAUUUUCCCACACUGUGUAAAAUGACAAAGAGCACUCUGAUUGGCUUAGACCCACCAAUCAGAGUGUUCUUAGCCUAAUUGUAGGGUGGGGCAAGGCUUUAUAAGGCUUUAUAAGCCUUGCCCCGCCCUGCGGAGCUCAUUCUGCGCGCAGCCCUCCAUGGGUGACGAUGGAUUAUUUUUUUACGCUCGGGUUUUUUCUUUUUCGUCAGGUUUUUUUUUUUUGCGCUCAGGAUUUUUAUUUUAUUUUCAAUUCGACGGUUAUGUUGGUUUUUUAUUUGGCCUUUUUUGGGGCUGAAAAAUGAAGAUUUGAGAAAAAAGAAGACGUCGAAUGGUAAGUUUAAUUUUAUUUUACAGGUUAGUUAUUUUAUUCCCCCCUCACUAUUUUUUAGGGUGAGGGGAGUAGGUAGGGCCUUUUUAUUUGGGUGGGGGGGUGGGUGACUAGGGGCUUGGGGAUCCCUAGUCACCCUGGUGGGGGGAAAUUGACUUAGGGCCCCCACCCGCUGCCCAGGGGGGGGAGGACAGUAGGUCUCCACCCCCUCAUUAUCAUUUGGCCCCCACCCGCCGCCCAGGGGUGGGGGGAGGGGGGAGAACAGUAGGUCCCCCCUCAUUAUUUUCAUGGCCCCCACCCGCCGCCCAUGGGUGGGGGCCGGAGGGGGGGUGGACAGUAGGUCCCCCCCCUCAUUAUCUUCAUGGCCCCCACCCGCCGCCAGGGCCCCAUUCUCAUUAUGGCCCCCACCCGCCUCCCAGCGGUUGAGGGCCGGGGGCGGCAGUAGGACCCCCCCUCAUAUUCAUUAUGGCCCCCACCCAUCGCCUAGGGGUGGGGGCCGGAGGGGGGGUGGACAGUAGGUCCCCCUCCCUCAUUAUCUUUAUGGCCCCCACCCGCCGCCGAGGGGUGGGGGUCGGGGGGGCAGUAGGCCCCCAUUAUCAUUUUGACCCCCACCCAGCGCAGGGGUGGGGGUCGGGGGGGGCAAAUAGUUUUUUUUUGUGUUGUUUUUUUUACAGUGAUUAGUGGACAUGCCCCUACUCGUGGUAUAGCGAGUAGGGGCAUUGGGGAGAUUUGAAUCUCCCUUGUGCUAUUAUGGGGGUCAUAUUGACCCCCAUAGAGUGAGGGGGGACCUGGGAGGGGGGCUUAUGAAGUGGUGGGGAGCACUGCUCCCUGCCGCUUCUAUAGUUACAUAUUACAAGGAGGGAGCUGAGUGCCGGUAAACUGCAUAACUGCAUGAACAAACGAACACGGAUACUCAGAUACACUGAUACACAGUGUUUGUUUGUUCGGCUGAUAUUUCUAUUCACUCAUUCGUCUGUCUGAUGAAUGAAUGAAUAGAUGAAAUUCCCGUUCGCAUGUCCAGGUGUUUAACUGGGCAUGUGCGGGAAUCUCACAGUCUGUCUAGUGUGGGCAGAUGACGUGUCCCACAGGGACUUCAUCUACCCACACAAAGAUGGCGGCGCCCUGAAUAUAGAUCAGGGCAGAAAAUAAGGAAUAAAAAAUAGGUAAUGCGGGGGGCUUAGGGGCAUUUGGGGGUGACUAGGGGGUCAAUUGGAUGUAGUGGAGGCCGGAGGGGGGUUAAAAAAAAAAACAGGAUUCGGCCAUGACAGUGCCACUUUAAGCUAAAGUUGUUUUUGUGCUUACACUUAGAGUAGCCAUAUAAGUAUCGCUCUCGUUACUGAUAUUAUAAUAUUUCCCAGUAUGCAUUUGACCCCUUAUUGUUUUGUUUUUAAGUUUUGUAACGCAUUUGAAAAAUAUGGUCUUGACUUUUAGUGAACACUCCCCUAAGAGUUGACAAAUCCAAGUGCAAGUUUUUCAAAAGUGUAAUAAAUUGGUGGGUGCAAUUAUUUACUGUCAUAGAAUAAAAUAUUAUAAGAGUUUAAACCAUUCUUUUAAUGUUUCCUUCUUCUAGUGCAGUUCCCUCCACCAAUCAUCAAAAUAUCAAGAAAUGAUAAAGGGGAGGUAUAUGUCAGCUGGAAUGUAUCCGGUCAACCAUCAAGAAAAUUACCAUAUCAGUAUCAAUUAUAUAUUUUAAAUUUAAAUAAUGAAAAAGCACUGCCUACGGUAAGUAAAUGUUUUACAUUGCAAACUGAUUAAAUGACCACUCCAAGUAUCAUUUUACCUGUGCCAUGCACCAGUGUCCCUUAUACUCAAUCUAUUAAUAAUAGAUGCAAAUAUUUAGAAAAAUAAAUCACAACUACUAAAAACUGUCAUAGCUUUCUGUAAAAGAGACAUUGCUAAUGAUUCUUCUUGCUUGUUAACUUGUUUCAUUCUUAUCUUUUCAUAACUGAACAUAACCUUUCUAACAGUCCGUUUGUAGGUGGAAAUGGUUGAAAGCUAUAUUUAGCGUGUUUUACUAGAGGCCGAGAUCGGAGAACAAAAUGGAAAAAUUAGAGGAGGAAAUAAAAUAGCUUUUUCCCUAAGCCUUUUGUAAGUGUUCCCAAACACACACAGACACAGCUUGUUAAUUACUGAAAUAUUAUUUAAACAUUUACUCCAUUCAGCAUGACCACUUUAGUGAUUUGAAGUGGUCAUGGUGGUAGGAGUCUGUAUGAGCAGCGUUUCUGCUUAAAACAUGGCACAUACAGAGAAGUCUGCACUUGUGUUCAGGACUGUCAAAUGCCAAUUCUGUACAAAAAAAUAUGCCAAUGUUAGCGUGACAUGCUGGAAAUGGACAUAUUGAGCUUUUCCCUUGCGAGUAGUGCCCUUUUUCCCCCUCCCUUCCUUAGUUGAGCAAUCUCUGUUGAUGUUCCUCAAGCCAUAGUGAGCAGAAACAUGUCCAUCUUAAUAGUCUUCUAAACUUUUGGCAAACUUUUAGAAUGUGCAAAUAAAUAGUCUAUGUUCAAGACCCUCAUUGCACAUAGAAAAAUCUAAAUAGAGAGCUCUUUAGGAUGCUAUGUUAAUUAUUAUUUUGCUUUUAUGAGUCUGAUGGAUUCAUCUCUGACAAUGCCAACAUGACCAACUAAGGUUGCCAUAUCUCAUGCACAGAUAGAACAUGCCUUUUUAUUUGUAAUCUGGACAUCCAGAUGUUUAAAGGACCACUAUAGUGCCAGGAAAACAUACUCGUUUUCCUGGCACUAUAGUGCCCUGAGGGUGCCCCCACCCUCAGGGACCCCCUCCCGCCCGGCUCUGGAAAGGGGAAAGGGGUAAAAACUUACCUUUUUCCAGCGCUGGGCGGAGAGCUCUCCUCCUUCUCUCCUCCUCCAUUCCUCCUCCUGGGCUGAAUGCGCACGCGCGGCAAGAGCUGCGCGCGCAUUCAGCCGGUCGCAUAGGAAAGCAUUCAUAAUGCUUUCCUAUGGACGCUGGCGUGCUCUCACUGUGAAAAUCACGGUGAGAAGCACGCAAGCGCCUCUAGUGGCUGUCAAUGAGACAGCCACUAGAGGAAAUAGGGGAAGGCUUAACCCAUUCAUAAACAUAGCAGUUUCUCUGAAACUGCUAUGUUUAUGAAAAAAUGGGUUAAACCUAGCUGGACCUGGCACCAAGACCACUUCAUUAAGCUGAAGUGGUCUGGGUGCCUAGAGUGGUCCUUUAAACAGCAAUUGGAUAAAAACUUGCAAAACCAUAAAGUACAGGGAUAGCAUUUAUUUGUUUUACAUUCUUUAUUAUAUGUGUGCAUAGUUGAACAUACAAGUUGGUUAAUACAUUUUAGCAAUAAAAUGCUAUAGUUGAAAACAGCACGUUGUAUAAUAAUAAAAGUAAGUAUAAAGGCUAUAACAACAUGUGAGACUAACCACUGAAACUCGACUCGGAGUUUCAUGUAAUAUAUACAUAAAAAUAAACAGGAAAAAAUUGAAAGGGUCUAGCAAGCAGUAAAACAAAAAAAUUAGGCAUCUACAUUGAAUAGUGAGGGAGCUCCAUUCUUCAUCCAAGGAGAUAUCCAACUGCCAUUCUGGGGUCAAGAAGGAAUUUUUCCUAGAUUGUUGCUUCAUACCUGUUUUUUUUGUCUACUUUUGGAUCAACAGCAAAAACAAAUGUGUGAAAGGUUCUUUUCACCUAUGUAACUAUGUAAUGUAUCUUAAUAUUUAAAGUGAACCUGUCAUGACAGAUAUAGUUUGCAGUUUUCUAACCUUCUGGCUUGGCUCAUGUUAUACGAUUAAGUGUUUGUUCUAUUAAUACUAUUAAAAGUUAAUAUUUUAAUUUAUUUCCAUUACCCGAUCUCUUGCUGAUAGCAUCACUCAUGUUUUCAGUGUGUGUUACGCUUGUAAGACAUCCCUCCCCUGUACUGACUUGCUUUCCAUAGCAGGUUGGAAGACUCCAAUACUUUAUUUGUACUUUGUGUCAAAAAAACACGUAUCCGUUCUCACUGUCCAUUCUCAAGUUGCCUUCCAAAAGAUUGUGUGAUAAAUUAUUCUCGCUCUUUCUCUCCUCUCUCCCGCUGCACUCACACAGUGCCUGCCCCUCCUCUCUACUUCCCCCUACAGACUUUGCUUUAACUUAUGCUGACAUUAAGUAGGAGAGACAUCUACAGGAGGGUUUCCCUGAUAACAGACUUGCAGUGUACAUAAUGUUGUAAUCAUAGGCGUGCGCACAGGGUGUGCCCCGUGGCACGCCUAUGGUUUGAGUCCUGCAGGAACAGCAUUCCUGCACUUUUUUUGAGCAGGAACGCUGUUCCUGCAGGCACUCAGCAUCCCCUGUUUCACCUCUUGCCCCUGUCAUGGGGGGGCAAGGGGUGAUGGAUUCCCCCCCCCCCAGCUCAGCCGCGGCGAGGGAGCUGUCUGCUCUCUGCUCCUGCCCCACUGGACCCCAGGGAAAAGUCCACGCCAGCACUCCAGGUAGGAGGCUGGGUGGACAUUUUUUUUAAAUUAAAAUGUAAUAAUUUGUUCGUGUGUGUGUGUGUGUCUGUGAGUGUAUGUGUGUGUCUGUGUGAGUGUCUGUGAGUGUGUGUGUCUGUGUGAGUGUGUGUGCGUCUGUCAGUGUAUGUAUGUGUUUGUGUCUGAAUGUGAGUGUGUGUGUACGUAUAUAUACACACACGCUAUCUGAGUGCCGGCUCUGCUCUAAGCCUCCAUUGGCCGGCGGGGAGACCAAAGAUCUACCUCAUCGGCCCACAGCAGCAUGGAGGGAGGCAGGAGAGGACCCAAGGAGCUCUAGACAGAAGCUCCGCCAGGUUCCUCUCGCGAUAUCCGAGUGUUGCUGCGGCAACGCUCAGAUCUCGCGAGAGUUAACUCUAGCCCCGCAGGCUAGAGUUCACUCUCCACUGGACCACCAGGGAUGGCACAUGGCAGCAAGGAUUUACUAAUCUGCCAAAUCCCUACACACAUACAGCACCUACACACAUACAGCUCACACACAGUACACUAACCGCACCCUCACAAACACACACAGCACCUUUAAAAAAAAACACAACACCCUCACACACAGCACACAAACAGCACCCUCACAAAUACAUGACACUCACACAAACAGCACCCUCACAGGACAAACAUAUACACACAAACACCCUCACACACAAACAGCACAGUCACAAACACACACACAAACACCCUCACAUCACACUAACAGCACCCUCACAGCACACAGCACACACAGCAGUGUAUGUGUGUGUGUAUGUAUCUAUAUAUAUAUACAUACACACACACACGCGGCGUGUGUUUGUGCUUUAGGGUGCACACCCUAAUGCAAUAGGCUGUGCACGCCUAUGGUUGUAAUCAAAUAUAUACUCUUUCAUUUAUGAAUUAUGUUGUAUUUGUCAUGACAGGAACCCUUUACCCAGGAAAAUGAGAGGAGCAGCAAGCAAAUCGAAAAUAUAGAUCCUGAUGCCAAAUACACAGUAAAAUUGAGAACUAGAUAUGACACUGAAUACCCCUGGAGUGAGUGGAGUGAGGAAAAAAAUAUUUUAGGUAAAACAGAAGACAUGUUCUUAAUCUCCAGACUGCAUUUUAAGAAAACAGAUAUUACUGUGACAUUGUGUAAAAUAUUUUAAAACAUGUUUGUUUUUAUAAUGACCAAUACACUUACUUCUCUAAAAUGUACACCACUGUUCAAUUUCCAUGCACAUUUUCAAUAUGCAUUGAAAAUCACCUUUAACCUUUUCAUGAGAUGCUAAUUUUUCUAUUAAAUUUAUAUUAGAGAUUUAGCAAAUUACAUCAUAAUCCAGUUCAGACAAAAUCUGGCCAAACAGAGCAAAUGAGGUGGAGAAAUAUAAACAUUGUUUCAUUUCUUCUUCUAUGCUUUUUUUAGCUGUGCUAAAAAGUACAGAGCUUAAAGCAGCACUGUCAUGGCCGAAUCCAGUUUUUGUUUUAACCCCACUCCCGACUCCACUACCCCCCAGUCACCCCCAAAUACCCCUAAGCCCCCUAUAUUACUUCUUUUUUAAUCUUUGUUUUGGUCCUGGGAGCCACCAUCUUUGUGUGGGUAGAUGAAGUCCCUGUGUGACACGUCAACUGCCCACACUAGAUAGUGCUGUGAAAUUCCCGCGCAUGCCCAGUUAAAGCAUUCUAACACGAAUUUAAUCUAUUCAUUCAUCAGAAAGAUGAAGGAAUGAAUAGAAAUGUCAGACGAACAAACAAACACCGAAUAUCAGUGUUCGUUCGUUUAGGUUAUUACAAGGAUGGAGCUGCCGGCUCCCUGCCACUUCCUAAGGCUCCCCCAUGCCCCCCCAUGUCCUAAUAUCACCCCCAUGCCCCCCAUGUCCUAAUAUCACCCCCAUACUAGCAUAAGGGAGAUUGAAAUCUCCCGACUGCCCCUACUCACUAUGCCGCGAGUAGGGACAUGUCUACUAAACAGUGAGCAGCCUGUGGCUGCUCACUGUUGUAAAAAUACACCACCCCUUAUGUGUCCCCCCCAAGCCCCCACCCGUGGCCCGCGAGUGGGGGCUAUUCAACAAAACGGGGGACAUAGGGUCCCCACCCAUAAGCAGUGGAUGGGGGCCCUAAAUGAAAAUGAAGGGGGGACCUAUUACCUUCCCACCCAGCCCCCAACCAUGAGUGGUAGGUGGGUGCCCUAAAUGAAAAUGAGGGGGGGGCCUAUUGUCCUCCCCCCGGCCCCAACCCAUGAGCUGUGGGCGGGGGCCCUAAAUGACAAUGUCAAUGCCCUAAAUGACUAUUAUCCUCCCCCUCUGGCCCCCACCCAUGAGUGGCAGGUGGGUGCCCUCAAGUACAAUAAGAGGGGAAGACCCUACUGUCCUCACCCCGGCCCCCACCCAUGAGCGGCGGGUGGGGGCCCUAAAUUACAAUAAGGGGGGGACCUAUGGUCCUUCCCCCGAGCCCUCACCCAUAAGUGGCAGGUGGGGGCCCUAAAUGAAAAUGGGGGGGACCUAUUGGGUGACGGGUGAGGGCUAAGUGUAAAUAUAACCACCCAGGACUAGGGAUCCCCACGCCCCUAGUCACCACCCCACCAAAAUAAAAUUAAAUGAAUCCCUACUUAUCCGCCUCACCCUAAAAAUAAAUAAAACUAAAUACCUGGAGAAAAAAAAAUCAUACUUACCGUUAGAAGUGUUCCUUUUUCUAAAACCUUUUUUCAGCCCCAAAAAAGGCCAAAUUAAAAAACACAAUACCAGUCGAACCUAUCAAAUAAAAAAUAAAAAAAAAACGGAGUGAAAAAAAAAAAUCAGCCAGACAAAUAAAACCCUGACACUAAAAAUGAAUCCAUCUUCACCUGGAAAGGGCACGGCGCAGAUUGAGCUCCGCGGGGGGGGGAAAGGCUCAUGUAGGGCCCCCACCCCCGCUCAUGGGUGGGGGCCUGGAGGGGGCAAUAGGUCCAUCCUUCAGUUUAAUAGCCCCCACUCGCGUGGCACAGGUGGGCCUCGGGAGGGGGGAUACAAUCGUUUUUUUUGUUUUGUUUUUUGGGUUUUUUAGGCUCACUUUUUAUUAGCGGCAUAGCAAGUAGGGGCAGAAUUUACUAAUACUAAGUAAUUUUUACUUAGUAUUAGUAAAGUUGGCUGAAAGACCAGUUUAGGUCUCUCAGCCUUUUGGUAGAUAGCUCCCUGAUACCGUGGGAAUUAGGGAGCUAUCUACUAAGCGGGAGCAAGAUGCAGCCACAGCACGAAUAGGAUCGGAGUUUCAUUCAUUCUAAUGAAAUUCCGAUCCGAACAAAGUCCAGAAUUGCGUUCUAACACGAAUGGAGAAACUGUUCUCAUUCUGUUAGGAUGAAAUUCGGUGGGUUCGCUGGCGGUCUCUCUAAAUGACAGGACAUUCGGGAAUACUGACAGGAAGCAUCUCGAGAUCACGGAGGAAAGGUGAGAAUUGUGGGAAAAUGGCUUUGACCAUAGGAAACGGAGCACACUUUGUUCCUCUGCUGGUCAAGCGUAGGUAACCUCCAUAAGAGAAAUAGUCCCUACUUUUGUCUUAAGAUUUAGAGCAAUCUAGAGCAGACAGAAAGAAAUGAAGAACAGAUCCCGAGAGAGGAAGAGAAGAGGAAUAGAUUGGGGAUAGGUAAGUUCGGCAUGACUGUGCCGCUUUAAAACAAUGAUUGACAGGGAGCUAAAAUUGAGGAGCUCAGUUAUGAUGAGCUGUGGGCCUCUACAUCUGAUUUUAUUUUUCAUACUUUACAAAUACAUAUUUGUCAAAUGUAGGAACAAGUAAACAUAUUAUUAAAAGAAAUGGAAGUUCCCCCUUAAAUGCAGAAGUGGCUACAUGACAAUAUAUAUUCUGUUUAGUAAUAUAUGUUAAACAUCAUGUAAACAAGAACAGUCUGAAAUCUGAUUAAUCCCUUAAAGCCAUUAGAAUAUGUCUCAAUCUCAGUGUGCUGUAAGGCAGGAGGACAGCAGGUGUAGGUUUAAGGCGGUGGACCAGUGACAUGAAUUACUGAGCUAAAAUCCUCUCGUGCCAUCAAGGGCACCUGCUGCUAAAUCCGCUAGGCUAAGACAUCUAAUUGCUCUAAGCAUAUACCAAAUAGUAAAAGGGUCCUAACCGUGCUAUUUUCAUGAUCUAGAAAUAGAACACGGACUUGCUACCAUGUUUUUUUAUUAAUUAACUUAACAUUUAUUAUUUUUUCUUCAUCACCUUUACUAUUUGGUAUAUGCUUAGGGCAAUUAGAUGUCUUAGCCUAGCAGGUUUAGCAGCAGGUGCCCUUGAAGGCACGAGAGGAUUUUAGCUCAGUACUAGCAAGUGCCUGGCAGUUUCUCACUUUAGUAUUAUAUGACAGUAGUGUCCUGUUGACCUGAGACCAACAGUUACCACUAUCCCGUUCAUCGUGAGGUUCUAUUUAACCCUCUGUCACGCCGCCCGCUGGCUCUGCUCCUGUCAGAGGGCAGCAUGGGUCCCGGCAAGCGUGUAUCGCUACAGUGGUAUUCCCACAAACUAAGGGGAAUACUGCCAAAUACUCACCAGAGAAUUCACCGGUGGGCGGUUUUCAAGGAGGGGGUACUGUCACGCCUGUCAGAGGGCAGCAUGGGUCCCGGCGGGCGUGUAUCGCUACUGCCAAACACUCACAAGAGGUGACUUCUCCUCUCUCAGCAGCCGGCUCUGUAUCAUUAAGGGCGACGCCCGCUGCUGCUGUGAAAAAUAAAGGGUUUCCUGUUUAACCCUUAAAGGCCAGAUCAAUUAAUUUAAUAUGGGUGUGUUACACACAUAAACUUGAUCACAUGUUUCCCUACAGCCUUAAGCUAUUUAAACCUAGUUUGUCCAUUUCUCUGUGCCCUGUCAUGGUUUCCAGUUGGUUAUCAGAGAGUGUGCUCCUUGUAUUGAUGUCUUGUGUUCCUUGUAUUGAUGUCUUGUGUUCCUUGUAUUGAUGUCUUGUGUUCCUUGUAUUGAUGUCUUGUGUUCCUUGUAUUGAUGUCUUUUGUUCCUUGUAUUGAUGUCUUGUGUUCCUUGUAUUGAUGUCUUGUGUUCCUUGUAUUGAUUUCUUGUGUAUCUGACCUUGGCUCCCCUUAUUGACUAUCCGAUCUCUGUAUUCCUUGACUUUUAGCUUUGCUCCUGACUAUUCUGAUAUCUCCAUUUCUUGACCUUUAGCUUGUUUAUCUUUGCAUUAUACCUUUCCUUGCUUUUCCCUAUCUUGUGUCUUUUGCCUUUUUACAUUAAAUCCAGCCAUUCUAAGGUCCGGUAAUACGUUUUAGGUAUUUUCUUUAUAUCUACUUAAGUUCUGCGUGUUGGGCAUCUACAGAAAUCCUGACACCCUCACUGUCCUCACAUUAGUGUCUGGCUACAUUUAUCCCAGACACUAUCUGAGGCAGAGUCUCAGUAAGCAUUCCAUUCACCUUAUCGAGUGUUCUUAUUUUUAGCUGGUAUCGCUACACAGUAGAUUUUCAGGUUUAUUAUUUUAUCCUAAUAAGACACUCUAGGAGUAUAGUGCGAUUUAUAUUUCUGAUUAUCAAGCAAUCAGCACAGCUCCACAGUAUUCUACUAUUCCGGUAUUAGUUGGGUUUAAAUGUAACUAUCACCGUCCCAAUACUUAGUAACUAUUGCUGCUCUAUAUACUAUUUGAGACAGUUGCUCUGAGUUACUUAUAUUAGUUACACUCAGAGAUCGAUUUUGGUAUUUAUGGGGACAUCUAUUCUCAUGUCCCUAGUCUAAUGCCUAGCUUGCUUUACAGCUAAACCCUGCUAUAUAGCUAUAUUUAUACCAGUCCAUUAGUAUUACUCCUUGUGACACUAUCUCUAUAUAUACCACUAGGGCCAGCCUAUCAGAGCUACUUUGAUCUGCGAUAUAUAUUCUUAGAACUCUUAGUGUUUUUGGUAUAAUUCUAGAUAGUGUUACCGGUUUAACACCUAUCACUUUGUUAACUUUUUGUACACGAGCACACACUUUUGUAUUAAUGUAUCUUUGUACUAAUAAAUGAUUUAUUAUUUUUUGCUCAUAUUUAGCUCCUAGUCUGUCUAGCCGUACCUUGCGGGUAUCUGGUACCCACUUCUAGUAUCCUAUUUAUCCCAGUCCCUUUCUGGUACAAUUCCCUUGUCUUUCAGGCUCAGCACCAUGUUUUAACUGUACAAUUUGUGGUAAAAAAAUUUUGUUUUUAUAUUUGUGAGCUCUCACAAUUAUUUUGACUUUUAUAGGGUUAUAAGUAUGGUUGCUGUAGAGUCGGGGUAAGGUUGGUAUAGGGUUAGCAUUAACUACCAAAAAUAUUUGGUACAAAAAUCUAUUUAUAUUAUUUUUCUUUAGUUGAACCUGAUGUGUUAAAAAUGAAUACAACAAAAAUUGUGAAAAGAUAUUCAUACUUAAUGUUGAGUUAGGUAUACAGAUAGGAUAUGAAAAUAAAUUAUUUCUGUACUUUAAAGAACAGCCUAUAAUAUUUAUUGGUGCUUUGUGGGUGUUGCUCUUCAUAUAAAACAGAGCAAAUAUCUUCAAUGACAUCAACAUGCCGGCUUAGUUGCCUGCAUGCUGGCACAUGCACAGUGAUUUGUAUGGGUGGAGAGCAGAGGAACCUUUUGUGGGAGAUCUUUUCUGCUGAAGCACUGACUGACAGCUGGGAGAAAAAACUAUUUUUAAAUAGUUUGUUUUUUUCUCCUGAUCUAUACAUUUGCUAGCAAAACUUAAAAAUAUACGUUGUUCGGACAUGACAGGUGCCCUUUAAUUUUAUGGCAAGACAGGAGGCUUCAUAUUUGCUUAUCUUUCUUUACUGUAACUCCCAGCAGCAAAGAAACAGUUAACAGCAGUGUAAAAAAGUUUAACCAAUCAGUAUGCAUUACAGUAAUAUAAACUGUCAUCAGGCUCCUCCCAAUUCCUCUUUCUUUGCUGCUUAGCCUCCCAGGUGAGUCUAUUCUAAUUAUACUCCUACUAAAUUCUCUAGUUUAACUGACUAAUAUAUAUUGUAUAUUAUUUUAAUAUUUUUAUAUUUCUCAUACAGUUUUUCCUUUUAUGUUUCUGUGCUUUGCUUCUAUUUAUUUAUGUUACAUGGGCUGACACUCCAGUCAGCCCACAAACUCAAUUUACCUCAACAUUUCCUCAGUCUUUUAUUUUUUGUACUGUCAGUUUAAUUUCCAUAGCACUAACGCUUUCCCUGCAGCGCCUGGCAUUUUGCCGGUCCGCUCAGCCGCUCAGUUCCCUCACACACAAUGUGUGUUGCCCUGCCGUCUCCAUAGAGACGUUUCCCGCCUUUUUUCAUGCCGCGGCCAUUUCUAUUAGUCUUUUCCCGGGCUUCCCUCUCAGCGCCAUCUUGUGGCAGGCUUAUGCGCGGCGGUUCCCUCGCAUCUCGGCUCUCACUGCAGGACGCGACCCAGCCGUUUGGUAAGUAUAUAUUUUUUCUCUUAAAGCCCCAGACCCUUUAAUUUUACAAAAUUAAAGACAUACCCAAUACUCAAAACUUCAAUUUUUCUUGCAGAUUUCAGCAUAACUGCCAACACAGCUUACACAAAUCCUUGCUUGAUUCUGAGGGUGACCCCCUCUAGCCUUUACUCUGAGGGUGACCCCCUCCAGCCUUUAUUCUGAGGGUGACCCCCUCUAGCCUCUCCUUCAAGGGUGACCCCCUUUGCUGUCUCUAUACAGGGUAAUCCCUAUAUGAUAACACAGGCACAUACCUGUUAUUAGAUCUUGGACACUAUAUUGUCCUUCUCUCUCUGGGUGAACCCCACUGAUGAAUUGUGGACGAACUCCACUUUUACAGGAUAAUUGCUUUUUUACAUGCAGUCUAAGUCCACCGCCUCAUUGUAAUUAAUUUGUCUGCACAAAAAAAAAAAAAAAAAUUUUUUUUUAUAUAUAUUGUAAAUAUAAUAAUUAAUUUCUCUUGUGGUGACCCCACUGUUACUGACAUUAUGUCGGAUGUGCCAGAACCAGCAGUUUCUGCCGAACUUAAGGCUUGGCUUUUCAAUGCCAUUACUGAAUCUAUACCCAAAGCUUUAGCGGCUUUCCGCGAGCAGACAAUCCCAGCCCCUACGGCGACCAUUACCCAACAAACGCCCUUGGAAAGGCGAUAGGGCCACCGCCGGUAAAGGCAAAGCGCCUGCUAAACACCCUAAAGUGCCCUAUUCUAAACCCAAGCAAACCUCCCAACAUGAUUUUGACGCAUUUGAGGGUUCAACCUCUAAUUAUAAUCUCCACGUAUUAGACGAAUACUACGCAGAACACUCGGAUACUGAGGCUCCACCUCAUAAGACAUUCCCAGACCUCUACCCUUCCGAUUCUGCAACUAAUGAACCCCCCUCAUUCCUCUAGAGGAAUUCCAAUUGGAGUCUGAUCUCACCUCUGAAAACCCUAACUUGAAAGAGGAUACCUUAUUUGACACCUCUGGCCGCCCUUUAUUUGACCCCAGAUGCAUCAGGCACCCUAGAUCGGCCGAAUGGACACCCCCGGACCACAUUGGCAAAUACUGCAGAAUGUGGCUCCGUCGGCCUUUAGAAAAAGAGGUGAGAGCCAAAUUAAGGGCAGAAUGCCCACGCCCCUCUAUCCCAGACAAGGUGGCCAAUACACCCGAAUUCGACCCUUUCCUUGUGACCUUUCUAACCAAGUCAGGAAAAGACCCCCGUAAGGGUCUAGAACAGGGUCUGAAAGCCACUCAGGACAAGUUGAUGGAUGUGGCGGGCCCACUUAUACAAAUCUUCAUAAUUGCAGACGAGGCUUUAUCAGGUGGCACAUUUGAUGCACAUAUGGUGCGAGAGUGGGCACAAAGAGCCUUAUGCCUUUUAGGCAAUGCCAAUGUGGCAAUAUCAACUGAACGGCGGAAGGCCGUCCUUUAUAAAAUCGAUGCCAAACUUGCCGAAUUGGGCACUAAAGAACUUGGUCCAGAGGCUCAAGGCAUGUUAUUUGGAGACAAGUUCAUAAAAGAACUAAGUAAGCACGUCUCUGUUUUUACUACACUGACAAAAGCACAGUCCUCCAUUCGCAAGGUAUUUCGCACUCAGCGUUUUUCUGGAAGAGCUGGUCGCUAUAGAGGCCGAGCGACUGGCAGAGCCGCCUUCACAGGCUACAGGCCUCGACCUUCAGACACCUGGAACUCGGGCAAUACCCGAUUCCACCACAGACAAUUUUUUCCCACUCGCGGAGCUAUCCGAGGACGUGGAUCCGCUUCCCUCCGCGGUCGCACUGCUACAGGUAAUGGACCUUCCUUAUUCUCAUAUUCCUAUUGCAGGCCGGUUAACCCUUUUUUCCCAACAGUGGUCUCAACUCACUCAGGAUCCUUGGAUCCUUCAGACGGUGUCCGGGUUCCACCUGGAUUUUUCAAUCGAACCAAUACAAAAUUUUCCUCCUACCCCAAUCAAAAUGUCACAGUUAGACGAGUCGACUCUACGGAGCGAACUCAACGAUCUAUUCACCAAUGGUGCGAUCGAAAGAGUUGUUGGCCCACAGAUCUUCAAAAACAACUUGUUUCUAGUCAAGAAAAAAUCAGGAGGUCUACGACCUGUCAUCAACCUGAGAGAUCUGAACAAGUUCAUCGCAUACCGUCACUUCAAAAUGGAGGGGAUCCAUUUAUUGAGAGACCUACUCUCCGAGGGAGAUUGGUUCUCCCGCUUCGACCUAAAGGAUGCCUACCUAACGGUGCCGGUAACACCAGCACACCGCUGCCUCCUUCAGUUUCAUUGGGAACAAGCACUAUGGCAGUUCACAUGCCUCCCCUUCGGCCUAUCUUCUGCACCCUGGUGCUUUACCAAACUAAUGAAACUAGUGAUGGCCUUACUGCGCUCCCAAGGCAUCCGAUCCAUAAUCUAUCUGGACGAUAUCCUCCUCAUGGCACAAGACCAAGAAACUCUCCACCUUCAUACAAGCAUGACCUCCGCCCUAUUGCAGAAUCUUGGUUUCGUGAUCAAUCACCAGAAAUCAUCUUUAACACCGUCCCAGACGAUACAGUUCCUGGGAUUCCAGAUAGACUCUGUUCAAGCAGUCCUUCAACUUCCGGCAUCCAAAAUCAAAUCCAUCAAAAAAGACAUUCGGAGGUUACUGAUAUCACCACACCUCCGCCUGCGAGAUCUAGCCCGCACCAUCGGCUUGCUCUCCGCCUCAAUACAGGCUAUAUUCCCUGCCCCACUGCACUACCGGGCACUGCAACGCCUGAAGACCCAAUACUUACAUCAGUCGACGUCCUACGACCAACAGAUCACACUCACGGACGAAGUCCGGCUCGAACUCCAUUGGUGGCUACAACAUAUGGACGCUUGGAAUGGAAGAGCCAUUUUCGGAUCCCAACCAGACUUCAUCCUGGAAUCGGAUGCAAGUCUGCUCGGAUGGGGCGCAACCUGCUCGGAAAGCUCUACAGGAGGACUCUGGUUCCACUCGGAACGAGCACUUCAUAUCAACUGCCUCGAACUGAUUGCAGGCUCAUUCGCAAUCCGCAGUUUUGCCAAAGAUGUCUACAACUGUUCCGUGGUGCUGAAGAUGGACAACGUGUCCGCAGUUCGUUACGUGAAUCAUCUAGGAGGUUCCAAAUCAAAGAUGCUUUCAGAUCUGACCAAAGAAUUAUAUCAGUUCUGCCUAGACAGGAAUAUCUCCCUGCGAGCGGAAUAUCUACCGGGAUCAGACAACCUUGUCGCAGACUGGUUCUCCCGACACUGGAGGGACUCCAGCAAUUGGCAUCUGAAUCCACAGAUAUUUCACCGUCUCCAGGUCUGCCGGGGGCCAUUCAACCUGGACCUCUUUGCAUCUCGCCUCAACAGGCAGACGGACGCCUUUUACAGCUGGUUGCCGGACCCAGCGUGCCUUGCAGUCGAUGCCUUCCUACAGACGUGGCCGAUGUCCGGGGCAUAUGCGUUCCCUCCGUUCUCCAUGAUUCCACGCACACUACAGCACCUCAAAACUCAGGGUGUCAAGAUAACACUAGUGACCCCGCUAUGGCGGGCCCAACCAUGGUAUCCUUACCUCCUGGAAAUGUCUGUGGACUUCCCCCUGCUGCUACCCAACGCCUGCGACCUCCUCAGAGACCCGACAGGCAACUUUCACCCAUUGGCAAUCCAGGAUCAUCUCCAACUAGUGGCUUGGACCGUUUCAGGGGAUCUUGGAAUGUCUCAGGCCUUUCGACAACUGCUCAGGGACUCCUUUGGGAUUCAUGGGCCCCGGGAACCAGACGCUCUUACAUCUCUGCAUGGCGUCUAUGGAGUUGCUGGUGCUUGGAAAGGAACCUUGAUCCCUUUUCAACAUCUAUAAUUAAUGUUAUCAAUUUCCUGUCGUCUCUGUUCGACCAGGGUAAAUCCUACCGGACCAUUAACGUGUUUCGGUCUGCUAUUUCUGCAGCGCACGUUCCUAUCGAAAGUUCUUCAGUAGGCAAACACCCUUCUGUCUGUAGACUCUUGCGGGGCUUCCGCAUCGCUAGACCCCCGACUCCCAAAUAUAAUCAAUUCUGGGACGUGGCCAUCAUGCUCACGUUCUUGGAAGCUUGGCCGGACAACGAGGCACUCUCCCUACGCCAAUUGUCAGCCAAAUUAGCUCUCCUCCUUUGCUUGGUCUCCUUCCGAAGAGUUUCUGACAUCAGGGCUUUCGACUUUCAUGCCCUCGAUUUCACACCGGAGGGGGUGCACUUUCAUAUCACUAGACGCACCAAGACCAACUCAUCUACUGUGAGCUACCCUUACUUCUCUGAGAAACCCCUCCUCUGCGUAGCCCGGUGUAUAAGACACUAUAUCGCUCGCACUACCCCUCUCAGAGCACCUACUGGGCCCCUCCUGGUAUCUUAUGUACGACCUCACAAACCAGUCUUGUGCCCUACCAUUGCACGAUGGAUUAAAUGGCUUCUAGCCCUGGCUGGCAUUGAUGCAUCUUUCGGAGCUCACUCGGUUAGAGGCGCAGCCGCCUCCUCGGCACUCAUAGCUGGAGGUUCCUUAGCGGAGAUUCUAUCCUCCGCUGAUUGGUCUAGAGAAUCCACCUUCCGUACUUUUUAUUUUAGACAUUCUCCACACGUUUCUCUGUCCUUGCUAUCUGUGCUUUAAAAUAGCAAAUAUGAAGCCUCCUGUCUUGCCAUAAAAUUCGGGAUUAUUCUAGCUCCUAGUGACUGAAUAAUCUAAAUUUUAUUAAAGACAGGAGGCGAAUAUUUUCCCACCCUGGAUUCUCCUUACCCACCCUUUUAGGUAAGUAUCCUGCACUAUCUCCAGUUCUAACUAUGACCAGCAUCCUCUCUUUUCCUAGCCUAUACUCGUUAGGUCGUUAUUAUAUGCUAAACCGCUUUCAAUUGUACAUUGGUUUAUUGUAUUCUAGGUGUGUCACUUACUCUACAUACCACACAGUUAAUUAUCAUAAGUUAGAGCUUGCACUUAAAUUGGAAGUCAGUUCACUGCAUUUACUUUGAUUUUUCUCUUGCCAAAGAGACCAUACUUUCACGAUGUUUCUCCUUCCUCCUAGUGUGAAGAUCAAUUGCCUUCUGUCUCGAAUCUACCUGCGGGUUGAUCACUACCUUCAUCCUACCGGAUACCUACACCGUUACCUGUUCAUCGUUUUAAGGUUUCUACAUUUACAUGGUUGACUCUACGACUGUUCGGCUACAUCAAGAAAGAGGAAUUGGGAGGAGCCUGAUGACAGUUUAUACUACUGUAAUGCUUACUGAUUGGUUAAACUUUUUUACACUGCUGUUAACUGUUUCUUUGCUGCUGGGAGUUACAGUAAAGAAAGAUAAGCAAAUAUUCGCCUCCUGUCUUUAAUAAAAUUUAGAUUAUUCAGUCACUAGGAGCUAGAAUAAUCCCGAAUUAAUGUCCUUACUUGCAGCCUUGAUUGACUCUGUUUUAGAGGGAGUAUAUAUUUGGCAACAAAGCACUCAAACGGUCUCAUGACUGUUUGUGGAGUAAAGAAAAUGACCAAUUGUACUAUACAGAUAAAUUAUCACAUGUGAAGUGAGAAUAGGGGCAUAGGAGAGACCUGAGGCUGAAAGCGUCCAGUUAAAUUCAAGCGGUUAAGUACAGAUUUCUAGGCUUAGUUUACUAAUUAAGUGUUACUCCAGCACAUAUAUACUAUUUUUUUUUUAAAUAGUACACACUGCACAUCUGAAACAUUGCACAUCCUUACACCUACCACUAUGACCACUUUAAAAAGCAGAAGUGGUCAUGGCGGUUGGAGUAACCCUUUAAGCUAACAGAAGUAAGCUGUGUAACCAGGAGACCGUAUUCUAUGUUUAUAACAUGAACAUCUCUGUAUCUCUUUUUAUUAGGGAAACCCAACUAUUGGACAAGAAAUAUCAUCCUAGCUACUGUAAUUCCUAUCUCUGUGACCAUCUUCACAGUCAUUGCUGUUAUUUAUAUGAAAAGGUAAAUCGUUUAUUUGUAAGAAUAGAAAAAACUAAUCUUGGGACUUCUUUGUGUAGAUUAAUACAUGGAUGAACUUUAUGGAAAUAAUUAAUUUUUUUACAAUCUUUAUUGAUAAUGUUUUAUUUUAUACAAUUUUUAUAUAAGUUAAGAAGAUAGAAGCAGAUGUAGAAAUCUGUAAAUAUCCAUAAUCACAUUAGAACAGGUAAUGAAAGUUGUCAACAGUCACAAAGAGCGUUUCAAAGUAGCAAAUGCACAUAACAUAACUGUGUUCGUUGUUGUUACUGUGCUGGGAGAGACAGCAUCUAUCUAUUUAAUGUGAAUAGUAUGCAAAUGUGACACUUGCUAAAUAUAAAAUGUAAAUUAUGUAUUUAUGUUUGGUUUUUGUUUUGUUUUUGUAUAUCACAGAUUUUUUUUAUGCAUUUUUCCUCCAAUACCUCAUCCUGGAAAAAUAUUUGAAAAAUCUUUCAGCAACCAAAACAACUUUCAGGUAAAUAUUGUUAUUAUUGUGGACAGGGGGAUAAACUAAAGAUAUAAGUCUGGUAGUGUAAGUUUGUUGUAGUGUACCAAAAAACUAUAUGGUAAUGUUCAUGGAAAAGGACCCCCAUAGUAAGUUAGAAAAAUCUUAAACGUGGGAAUGGGGUAGAAUUACCCAGUGUCACGGCUCCCGGUUCUUCUGCCGGCGUGGUCGUACAUAAACUAAGCGGCCACGCCAAAAGAGAUGUUGUAUAUUUAACUUGGUCUCAGCAAACCGCUGCCUGACCUCCUUCUGUUCCAGUCCCCAGCAAGUACAACAUUCCUAGAGACGCCGGCCGCUGCGAUUCCGGUUUUAAUAGGAAACUCACCUUCGCCCAUAUCAAAGAUGACGCCAACGUGUGUGCGACGACACGUCAUAGAUGCGCACUCUCGUUUUGGGGUCAGAGGCAUUUACAGCCUCAAGAGGGUUAUUUAAACCCAAAUUACGUUUUGGUCAGUGCUCAGUCGUGGGUUCCGAGAGUGUGUUCCUGUUCGUGUUUUUUCUGGUAUUUGACUUUGACUUUGUUUUGACUUCCCUGAUUUAUGGUAUUCUUGACUUUUGGCUUUACUCAUCGUUGUGUCAUGUUCUGUGUCCCUGACCUCGGCAAGUAUUUUGACUAUUCUCCGGUACGUUAAGUCUGGCCAUUCUAAGGUCCGGUUAAUAGUUAUCCUUAGUUCUAGGUGUGAUAUUAUUCUGUAUGCUGGAUCACUUAUAAUCCUGACACCCAGGCCCUAUUUACAUGUCAGGUGCCUGUAGGAACAUAAUUUGAAGGCAUCCCUUUCCAACCCCGCAAAUAAACAGCAGCUAAAAUGACUUUAAUUUAUUAACUGGACAUUGCAGGCAUAAAGAUGUCUAAAAUCAUAUAUUGGUAUUUAAACACAAAGAUAAGGCACCACGCUUACAGCAGCAGUAGCUUAGUAUCCAACAGCUUAAAAUACAUGGUGAAAACAAAGAGAACGUUACCUGCACUCUGGCCUAAAUCCCCAUGUACAUUUAAACAAAAUGGAGGCUCUUUAGUUUUAUUCCAAUGGCCAUUUGAAUAUAUAAGCUCACCUGCCACGUCAAGGCAAGCCUCAAUAGGUGAGUUCCUACAUUAGCCAUUAGAUAUGCUGAUAUCAGCCAAGAAUCUCCAGUAAGACUGGAAGGGGUAUUUUAUAAACCCUUUCACAUUUAACCCUUUAUUGGGCUUCUAUACAAUAAACUUUGCUGGUAUCAGACAAAGCCUUGACGUGGCAGGUGAGCUUAUAUAUUCAAAUGGCCAUUGGAAUAAAACUAAAGAGCCUCCAUUUUAUUUAAAUGUACAUGGGGAUUUAGGCCAGAGCGCAGGUAAUGUUCUCUUUGUUUUUACUAUAUCUUGGUAUUUGAUAACAAUAUAUAUAGUUCUGCUUCUACUGUAUUGUGUUUUAAUAUGUGAGUAUAGUGAGUGUGCAUCUGUGUAAUUGCAUGCAUUGUUAAAAAAUAAUGCUAGGGGGGGCGUGGCUAACCGCCGAGCAAAAUGGCCGCUUAAAAUUUUGCUGCGGCACAUGGGCUCUAACAAUAAGCAUUUUCUCAGACGAUAACGCAAGUUAAACACGGCCAGAGCAAGCAUGUCGCAGGGCAAGCACAAGAAGAAUGCUUCCAAAGAAGCAAAACUUAAAUUCUUCACGCAGAAACCCAGCCAAACGGCUCUGCACGUGCAGGCAGCAACCCGGGAUGGCGGAGGCUCCUCGGACGAGGGCAGCUCAUCCCCUGAGACAGGGGAACCAACCCUAAACACCGCCUUAACCAAGCAGCACCUACAAGAAGCCAUGGAGGCACUGUCAGCACGACUGAUUCAAUCAUGGACCUCCAGCGUGGACACGCUCCGCAAGGACAUCCUAGACCUGGGCGCAAGAACUACCCGCACUGAAACAAAAAUGGCGGAACACGCCACAGCUCACAAUGAGCUGGCGGAACAGGUCUCCCACUUACAGCACACCAUCGAAACCAUGGAAAUAAAAUUAAUGGAUGCCGAGGACAGAUCAAGGCGGAACAACCUCCGCUUAAGGGGGAUACCAGAGGCCGUUCUCCAGGACGACUUACCCAGAUAUGUUCGAGACCUCUUCAACGUGAUAGCACCGGACAUCCCCUCCGAUAUGCUGCUUCUGGACCGCGUCCAUAGGAUCCCGAAACCAAAACACCUGCCACCAUCCACACCGAGAGACGUGCUAUUGCGCGCCCAUUAUUUCCAUGUAAAAGAAAUAAUAUUGAAAUCUAGCCGUACAACACACCUGCCAACUGAAUUUGCAGGCAUCAGGAUCUUCGCGGAUCUAUCCCAAGCGACCCUGAAAAAAAGAAAAACGUUCCAGCAGGUGACAACAACUCUCAGGGACCACAACAUCAGGUACCGGUGGGGCUACCCCACAAAACUCCUUGUGUGGAGAAAUGGCGAAUUCAGCCCUCUGACCACGCCAGCAGAUGGAAUGAAGACACUAAAAGCAUGGGGCCUACAGCUUUCCCAAGCAGGACGCCAGCCACCCCUACCUGCAUCUACCAAAGUAACCCAGGACUGGAAAAAAGCCUAAGGACUGGGACUGGGCGCUACCUUCUCUCCAUUCCCGAUAUCUCUUAGUCAGGUUGCCAGACACGCAAGUAUUGCAACCACAGCAUCCCACCAACCCACCUAUACCCACAACCUCUAUUCCCCACACCAGCCUACCAAACAACACUUAUGCCACAUGCAACACACCAUGACCACCAAUCCCACAGGCCACCCAGCCGGUGGGAGAAGGAGGCCAUGACAUAUGGGGACAACCUCGAACUACAGAGGGGACAUAGGUACACGAUAACUGGGACACGAGACGACAAAAGGUCACGAAGCCUUUAUGACAAAAAAAAAAAAAAAACUCAGCUCACCUUAAGCACACACAGGGAGAGAGGGGAGAGGUGGAGCUCGUCUACUCAUGGUUUUUCUUUUUAUGCAUGUAUCAUUUGUACUGCUCAUAACAAGCAUGUUGGUAUCUCUUUUAUUCUCUUCUCUUAUUUCUCUUGUUCUAAUAAUGUCUAAUAAUGUUUAAUAUUAAAUGUUACAAAACUGUUACGACUUCCCAAACCACACAACAAGCUACCACGAGCCCAGGUAGCCACGAGUACCGUAUGACCAAUACGGAUAACCCCAAGGUGCACCCAAACUGCACCACUCCCCCUUGGCGGGGAACUUUGUAUAUAACUUCCCACCCCCCCUCCCAGUUUCCUAUGUCACCCACACCCGUACCCAUCAAACCUCACCCCCUAACCCAUGAGAAUACAAAGUCAGAACAUAUUCCAAUCACCACCUCCAAAAACAAGAUCAUACUCCUCAACCUCAGAGCCAAUGGGAAAGUAGGCAUUAACCACGCAUACAAAUGGCAGUGAAACACCUAUCCCAGGUACAGUCCACCCCAAACAUGAAAAUCUACUCCCACAAUACAAGGGGCCUCAACACUCCACACAAACGCAACAAACUACUGGAAGAUCUCAAACGGGUCAAAGCAGACCUAGUAUGUAUACAGGAGACACACUUUGUAAAACUCCGCAUCCCCAAAUUUGGCCUGGCCGAGUACCCCAUACAAUUCCACGCCGCACACACCUCUAAAGCCAGAGGAGUCUCCCUGCUUAUCCACAAAUCCCUCUCCUUUGAGCUGCUCAAGCUGAUCACGGAUGGUCAGGGAAGGUUUCUCAUAGCCCUAUGCAUGAUCAAUGAUGUUAAGUACACAAUAGUGAACAUAUAUAGCCCCAAUACACAACAAAGAAAUUUCCUCCACAAAGUCCUCUCAAAACUCGAGCCCAUCAAAACUGAAAAUACAAUGGUCUGUGGAGACUUAAACCACAUUUUAGACCACACUUUAGACACGUCAUUGCUUACUUCACAAUCCCGUACACAUCACCUCAAACCACAAUGCCAAGCUAUGACGAAACUAAUAAUGGAGUUUAACCUUUACGACACAUGGAGGGCCCUACACCCAACAGAGCGUCAGUACUCCCACUAUUCCCAAGUCCACAAAACACACUCAAGAAUAGAUCACAUUCUCUCCACUGGACCACUUCUCCGGAAAGUACUGCACUGUGAAAUAGGAGACAUAGUAUGGUCGGACCAUGCACCCAACGUCAUGUCCAUAGCAACACAGUUUACAUCCAGAGGGUAUGCCCCCUGGAGAUUGAACGAAUCCCUGCUGCACAAUGAUACCUUCCACAAUAUCAUCCAAAAAGAGCUCACAGAAUAUUUCUCCACAAAUAAUGACAAGGUAACCUCGCCCAUAAUGAUUUGGCAAGCUCACAAAUCAGUCAUGCGAGGGCUCCUCUUAAGCCGCGCAUCGUUCCUUAAAAAACAAGCACAAAAAGAACAAAUUACGAUCCUAAGAGAUCUUAGAGACGCCACAGCACAACACUAUAUACAACCUACGGAUACCCUGAUGAAACAAAUUGAGAAUCUGACAGAUCAACUGAACACUAUCGCAAUGACAAAAAUGUCAUACAUGAUGCAUAAACUCAAAACACGAAACUACACCCAGAACAACAAAACAGGCAAACUACUUGCCACACAACUAAGACAUAAAUACGCCCAAAAUAAGAUCCCAUACAUCUUAACCACAGAGGGGAAAAAACUGUACAACCCACAGAACAUAGUGGAUGAAUUAGCCAAAUACUACACCACGCUUUACAAUCUAAAAACAGACGCACAAACACACCAACCCACUACAUCUGAGAUCCAAUCCCUCCUGGCAAAGGUAUCCCUACCGCAAAUUCCCCAGCACCAUACGGAAACCCUGAAAACCCCGAUUUCAGGACAAGAAAUCACCCAAACAAUACUGUCACUUCCCCCGGGUAAAUCACCAGGCCCAGAUGGUUUCCCAAAUUUUUACUAUAAAACAUACGCGAACAUAUUGGCACCACAACUACUCCAAACAUACAAUACGAUGAUCGCACAAGGGACAAUGCCAGCAGAUAUGCUCAUGGCACACAUCACGACUCUCCCCAAACCAGGCAAAAUCCCAAACAAAGGGCAAAACCUACGCCCGAUCUCACUGUUAAAUACAGACAUAAAAAUAAUUGCUAAAAUAUAUGCAAAUAGACUAGCUAACAUUCUCCCAGCGAUUAUCCACCAAGACCAAGUGGGGUUUAUCAAAGGGCGGCAGGGUGCCGACGGAACGCGCAAGGUAAUCAAUCUAAUACAGAGCCUACGGAGGAGGGAGCACAGUGUAUUUCUCUCACUUGACGCCGAAAAAGCGUUUGACAGACUACACUGGCCCUUCCUCCUGGCGGUCCUGCAGAAAUAUGGAUUCCCAGAUACGUUUAUCUCAAUAGUAAAAACCCUAUACAGCAACCCGACCGCUAAAGUGGUGGGAGGAGGGUUCACAUCCAUUCCGUUCGAGAUCUCGAACGGCUCCAGGCAGGGGUGCCCCCUUUCCCCGAUGCUAUAUGUCUUGGCGCUAGAGCCACUCACGGCACUAAUCAGGGAAAACCCAGACAUCCAUGGGGUUCAAAUUGGACCGCGUGAGCACAAACUCACGCUGUUCGCAGACGAUAUUCUGCUCACACUUACUACCCCCCACAGCUCUAUCCCCACAUUUCUUCAACUACUACAGGAAUAUAGCAGAUGCUCCUAUUAUAAACUCAACCUAACCAAGACUCAAGCCCUAAGCCUAAACACACCCCAACAUACACCUCUAACCAAACAAUACAACUUUGAGUGGAGAUCAGACAAUCUCACCUUCCUAGGACUGACCAUCACACCCACCACCCUAGGCCUAUAUAAAGGUAACUACCAAAAACUCCUAAAGGAAACCCGAACCAUAUUAACGAGCUGGCGAAAAAAAUACCUCUCAUGGACAGGCAGACUAGCUGCCAUAAAAAUGAUAAUCAUCCCCAAAUUCCAAUACUUGUUCAGAACCUUGCCCAUCCACCUCCCAACUACAUAUUUCAAGGAAGCACAAAAACUACUCAACCAAUUCAUUUGGGAUCAUAAGAUGCCAAGAGUAAGUGCUCGUAUCCUUUACCAAAAAACCCCUGAAGGCGGAAUGAAUGCACCCAAUCUCCAAAUAUACUACCAGGCAGCCAUCCUAAAUAGCAUGAUACUACUUCACGGUCACAACAUACCCCCCCAGUGGGUAACAAUAGAAAGAGACGCGGUCAAACCACAUGAUCUUAUGGCACUAAUCUGGGCCCCCAAACAAAACAAGCCACAACACACCACACUACUACCGACCACCGCGGCGACACUACAAGUGUGGGGAAAAAUCAAACAUAUAUGUUGCUCACAAACCCCAUACUCUAGAGCAAUGCCAAUAUCUGCCAUACCCUCCAUAAUACCAAACUUUAACCACAAAUUAUGGGAAUGACAUGGUAUACAUCACAUACAUCAACUAUACCAAGAAAAUCGCCUACUAACAUUCACAGAGGUACAAAACCUUCAUAGACUCCCAACAACAGCCCACUUCUCCCACAGGCAACUUCACUCGUGGGCAACAAAACACCAAAACGAAGUGGAGGUCACGCCCAACGAACCUCCACUAACAUGCUUUGAGAAAACCAUACUCAAACGGACACCAACACAAAAAACCUUCUCACUGCUAUACACCAACAUAUUACAGCAUAACACCACAUUUAGACACUCCUUCGUCAUAGCAUGGGAAAAAGACGUAAGACAAACCCUCCCCGAAGCAACGUGGAGGAAGAUAUUUAUUACCCCCAAAACCCUCACACUCAGUGCCAACCAUACUGAAUUAUCCAGAAAAAUCCUCUAUAGAUGGUACUUAGUGCCCACACGCCUCAAACAGAUGUACCCAGAGGCCUCUGACAAAUGUUGGCGUUGCACCUCGACAGCUGGAUCGAUGAUCCACAUAUGGUGGACAUGUCCAGUACUACAACCCUAUUGGUCCGCACUGACAAAUCUAAUCCAAGCCAGCACAGGCAUCCAUAUACCACAAACCCCAGACUGCCUAUUACUCCACAACUACCCACCAAAACUCCCUAAAACAAUCAGAUACCUGAUCUACCAAAUCAAUAUAGCAGCCCUAACACUAAUUGGUAGGUCAUGGAAAAAGGCUGAAGCACCAACCAUGCCGCAAUGUAUACAAACAAUAAACGCCACUAAACGCUAUGAAAUAGCAAGCAGAACAGCUUUUUCUACCAAAGCAACCUUUUGGAAAACGGCUUGGCAGGUCUGGGAGACCUACGAAGCCACCCUCCCCCUCCCCACCGCACCAUAGCACACAAUCCGAAAACUCACCUCCAGAGAUAACUACUAUAGCAACAGACACUAUGCCACCUGCACGAUCACAGGUAACAACAACAAUAACAAUAUAACAAAUUACUGGGUGACAAAAUACCCCACGAAGCGAAUCCCUCAAGAUUCCUAACUCCUCCCUCCCUCCUACCUAACCCAAAGAAAGCAAAGAAAGCAAAUACUAAACAACUUGGACUUGGACUCUCAACCCCUGUAUACCCCCCCCCCUCCUACCUUUACCCUUUCUUCCCAGUUGAUACACCAUUGAAAACUGUUUGAAGUGAAUACUAUGUUAAACAUGUAUGUAACCCAACAAGAUGACUAUAUUUUUCUGUACACGUGACAACAAUUUGAUUUACAGACUGUACAAGGAAAUGUUCACUGUAAACUUGAAAAAUUGCUUAAUAAAAAAAAAAAAAUAAUGCUAGAAGUGAGUAGGCAAAGGGAUGUUUAAGGUUGGAGAGGGGUUAUUGCCAGAGUUAGAUUACAUAGGGUGUUCAGUGUAAAAAGGAUUAAAAACUUGAGUGGAGUCAUAGUUGUGGUACAAGAGGUGUUUAGAAUUUGAAUAAGUGUAUCUACAGGUCAGUAAUAGACUGAGGUAACUGACACUCUAAGGCAGCAAGAUACUUAAAUGUAGUAGAAGGCUGCAGAAAGUUAGGGUCUUUAUUAAUCCCUCAAGUAGCAAAAGAGAAGCUGACUUAGCACAACACAGCAUGCACCUCAAUAGCUUUAUGGACUCCAGAAACACAACAACAAAAUUUCAUCAAAAAUCAUUAUCUUUUAUCCAUUUGGAUGCUAUUUGAAACUUAAAAGGAACGCUACAGGGUCAGGAACACAAACAUGUAUUUCUGACCCUAAAGUGUUAAAAACACUAUCUAGUUCCCCCGCCCUCCCUUGCCCACUUAGAAAGGGUUAAAAUGUACCUAAUUUCCAGAUCUCCACGGGUCUACAGACGUUGCCCUGCCCCCAAUCCGCCGUUUUUGGCUGACAUCAUCAGAAUUGAUUAUCUCACCCAAUCCAAUGCUUUCCUACAGAUCUCCAAUGAGGCGGGCGGGGGCAUGGCAAAACGCUGCCCUGACCAAUUAGCAUCUCCUCAUAGAUAUGAAUUGGAUCAAUACAUCUCUAUGAGGAAAGUUCAGCGUCUCCAUGCAGAGAAUGGAGACGCUGAACGUCUGUGCUGCAAAACAGAGAAAGCACCUCUAUUAGCCAUCCAGCAGUGGCCAGUGGAGGUGUCUCUAGGCUUUAAUGUAGACAUGGCAUUUUUUUCUGAAAAGACAGUGUUUACUGCAAAAAGCCUGAAGGGAAUGGUUAUGCUCACCAGAACAAACACAAUAAGCUGUAGUUGUUCUGGUAACUAUAGUGUCCCUUUAAAGUUUGCUUCUCAUGUUUUAGAUGAGCUUUACUGACAAACUGUUACUCAAUAAAGUAGCUGUCGCUAACAGUAACAAGUAGCAGUUGUUCCCCAGUUGCAAAAUGUCACCACAAGCAACUCAGAAUGAUCAGAUUAACAGUUGUCAUAGAGUGUAAUGUCGCUAAUGUUUACUGGCUGCUAAAACCUGAUAAGUACACUCACAAGGGUGGUGGUGGUGGGGUGUGUGUGUGUGUGUGUGUGUGUGUGUGUGUGUGUGUGUGUGUGAUGCAGGGUCCAAUGAGACCCAAAUAUUACUUACUAGAUGUUUAACAAGAGAUCCUCUACCCUUUUCUUCAUCCCAAGGGCUGCAGGAUGAAGGGUAUUUUAUCUGGGGACCAUUCAUGCCCUGUAGAGUUUUCCCUCUCUGGGGUUUAUCUCACCACAGUCUUAUUCAUUGAUCCCAGUCAUAUUGUCUUAAUCAUACUCCCCUAUUUAUACCCACCAGCUAUAUUUUCCCUCAUCAACAAUUGUACCUGUAACCUGUCAGCAUUCCCACCAUCCCAACAAUGAGAGGGAGAUUUAUAAAUCAUAAAAAAUGGACCGGGCAGCAACAUAAUGAAGGGAUUGCUGGUGCUAACUGAGGUAGGAUACUGGUAUGGGAAUGAAUUCCAUAAAAAACAGCAGAUCGUUAAGUGUUGCCUGGGUCCAUAAUACCAAUUGGAACCUAGACAGGGCCAGCCCUGCACUCUGCUAUCAAUCAGUAGGUGUCAGUGUCUGGUAUUCAAGGCCAGGAGUCAUGUUUCCCACCAGUCACUAACAGAGGUAUGGCACAAAGAAGGGUGAUAGAAAAAUGUUGUGGUAUAAAUACUUCUUAUAGUUAAGAGAGAGGCUACUUUUAGAGGCAAUUCAGAUGUAAAUACAGGCAAAUAUCAAACUCCAUACACUGCUUAGGGACUUUGCAAAAAUAUAGAAAACCAUCUCAACAUGUAUGUAUACAUAUACAAAGUGGUAGAACUAAGGAAGAUAGCAAGAAUUUGCUGGACCCUCCCCCCAAGGAUGAUCACACACACAAACACACAUUCAGAUACACAUUGACACAUAUUCAGAUACAGACACACAGAAUUACACACAUUCAGAUAUACAGAAUGACACAAAUACAGAUACACAGACACACAGAUAUACAUACACAAAAAAAAGACACACAUGAACAUUUUCUAGACACCCUCCUUUUUCUUUUAGGAUUCAGGAGGAUGACUUUCCUGGGGUCCAGUCGGCUGCCUGAAGUUAUUGGGAGUCGGAGUGUCUACCAGUCCCCACUCCCUCCUCUUUUCCUCUAAUGCGCGGCUCUGUGUUAGCUGGGAGGAAGAGACCAUCUGUCACUUGCUCCAAGCGCUGACAUCAUUAGAAGGGCUCAGUGGUGCUAUUAAAGGGCCGCAGCGCUGACUGGGCCCCUAAGGAAACAUUGGCUUUGGGUGGCCCUUACAUAAUCGGCCACCUAAUGGGCCCCCUGAGAGUGCGGGCCCCAGUGCAGAUGCACUGCUGCACCGGCAAUAGUUCCAUCACUUUAUAUAUAUAUAUAAAUACUGUAUCUGUAAAUUGAAUGUGUGUGUGAGAAAACCCUGUGUGUUUUAGAAUGUGAGUACGUCCCCUGCCUUUACUCAAUGCUAUGGGAAUGAACUUGUAUGCUAGAGUUUCCAUUGCGAAGAGAUUGAUUAUAGUACAGGGACAGGACUGAUUGAGAGAUCAGUAAUAUUUACUAUGAAAGAUUGUUUUUUGUAAGUAUCAUUAGUAGGUAAUAGUGUCUGUAUUUCUACUGAUACCUCAAAGAAAAAGGAUAAUUGUGGAAAAAAAAAAAAUGUGCCAUUGUACUAUUGAAGCUAAAUUGUUUCUGAGGGGUUAAUUGCUGUUUCAUAAGCUCUGCCAGAAAAUGUCUAAAUCUAGCUGCACACGACUUCCUGUUCCAUGCAGUGACUUGUAUUGUUCCUUACCGUCUAUUCAGAUACAUUUUGGCAUCUUUAUCACUUGCUUGACUGGUUUCCCAGUUUCAUUUCCCCCCCCAAAAAAUUAUAACGAUUUGAACUUUGUGUAUGUCUUUGUACACUUUGUUUUUAUGCUGCUCUUUCUUCUAUAGAAAUAUGUAAUGGAAUUUCCCAAAGGAAUGGCUAAUAUCUUUGGCGCUCUGAGGAGGAAUCUUGUAUUUAACAUUUUUUUUUUACAGUAAACACUUAAUGAAAUGGAAAAUGUGACUCUGCUCUCCUCUAGGAAACUAUCUUUUGGACCGAUUUCUAAUUUAAUUUGUUUUUAAAUUACUUCAAACUUUGCUCCGGAAACUGGCAUUUAGAGAAUGAGUUGGGUGGAUAAAAACGUAGGUAAAUGGGUUAUAAUUAAAGAACAACAUUCCUGACAGUCACUUUCCUGAGGCAGCAGCUCAUGUCACACUUUCAUCCUCUUUGUCUUGUGUUUAGCUCUAUUAGUCUGAUGAGGUUCUAAUACAAAGAUCUCUGAUACCAGAAGGACAUGUUUCCUACUCUGCCACUAGAACACUAAUUAUAGACGUGGUGGGUAUAAAUCUGAUCAGAAAUUACCUCUCCCACAAAUUUACCCUGUUAGUAGUUUUUUUGUUUUGUUUUUUUUUCCCAUUUUGUUCACAAAGCUAAAAUACUUCCAAUCCUCCCCCAAACGUAUUUACUUUAAGGAUUUUCUGCAAAUGGCAUUGCCAACAGUUUUCCCUUUGAUCAUAAAGGGGAAAUUUAUUCACCAAAAAGCACAUUUAUGGUAACUUCAGAAUUGUCAGACAGCCACUAAAAGAACUUCUUCAUGAAGGCUUUCCAUAAUUGAGAGUCUUCGUGUUCAGCCUCAUCAAACACUGUAAAUGCCUCUCAUGGAGAAUGUAAUGCUUCGCUACGAGAAGCAUCCAAUUGCAACAUAUGCAUCCUAGGGGCCCGAGUGCUUCUUCGUUACACAGUAGUUGGCUCAUAAUCAUUUUUAAAGUAGCGCUCAAUAAUAAUAUGUACAGAAAUAACUUAACUUAACUUUAUAUAUUUAAUUAUAACAUUAGGGGGGGAUUAACGGAGCACUCUGUCUAUUAAUAUCACAAUAUUAUUUUAAUAAAAAACACAAAAUUCAUGGUUUUCAUUUAUUAAUGUUUCGUUUUUUUAUUAUUAUUAUUUGUUCCCCACAGCAAUUCACGCAAUACAAUAUUGUAACAGAAAAUGAAGAAGAUGUUUGUUCUGUUAUUCUGGCAGAGUCUCCUUUGAGCUCAUCCAGCUCCUCCACUUGCUCCUCUGCUGUAGAGUGAAAUUUACAUUCUUCUUUGAACAAAGCAUAAUGCGUGCACCUCCAGAAGAAGAAGAAAUGCCUAAUUUGAGAAAGCACAUAAAACUGCUCAAUGCCUAGUGCUAUUAGGAUUGAUCAACAUUGCUCCGUAAACACGAAACAGUCCAAGCAGUUGUAUCUGAAUGAUGUAUUCUUCCUUCAUUACUACAUGUUUUUUGUUUUUUUGCAGAGCCAAAGUUCAACUCAUUUCCUUAGUUACUUAUUUUCAAGUUUUUAGGAACAUAACAGUUCCUCCUUGUUACAUUUCUUUAUUUCUUUGGAGGGGUUUUGAAUGACUAUAAACGCAGAAAAAAAAAAACUGAUAACAUUCGGCUCAACCUUUGAUUAACUUAAGAAACGGAAAAUGACCUGUGACUAUAUAACAAUGGCUUCAAUGUGAAAUCUAUCCCAAGGACAUUAUAGGAGAUUUACAAAAUUUUCCUGUUCUGAAAACUAGUCCAAAGUUCAAAAAGUGAGGCAGUCACAAUAGAAACCGAUGGAAUAAGCAGAUGAAAAUGGAAUAAGCCAGAAUAUUGCUGAUUACGCCACUUUUAUAACUUUACGGAGUACAACACUUUGAUACAUCUCCCCCACUGAGUCGGACGUAAUACAACUUUUUAAAUCUUUUAAAUAUAAAACUGUGUGAAUUUCACCUACCAAGACAUUCCAAUGAGCUACAGAAGACCAUUUGAGUCACAUCUUUCCAACCAAUGAAUGCCUGAUACACUUGCUGAGGCCAGUGAGGUUUUCUCUCUUGAGUUAGUAAUUGGCUGAGGUUGGUGAGGUACCACAAUUCUUGACUAAGCACGUGUUGGUCAUAUGCAAGUAUUGUGAUUUGUGUACAUUAUAUGUAUAGUGGGUUCUUUGUUGUUUUUAUAGUGGACAUUUGUUGUUUGAAGGAAUCAUUUUUUUUCAACAAUUUUUAUUUUUAUACUUUUGUAUUAUGGAACAGUACAGUAUUAACAUGGGGUAGAGACUUCAAAGGGCUAACAAGGGUUAGAAAAGGGAGUUGGAAAACAAAGUUCGUAAGUAAGAAAUAUCCCCUUAACAUUGUAUACAGGUGGGUCAGGGAUGGAUGGGGUGGUUAGUAUAGGGAGGGUCAAUGAAGGAAGCAACCAAACUCUAAUUAUCUCUAAAGAUGAUUUAGGUGGAAUUAAAUUAACUAAUUGGGCAGGAUUGGCUGGUAUGGUCUGGUUUGGGCAUUGGAUAUGACAAUCUAACUGAGGCAUCUAUGCAGGAGUAACAAUUUCAAAGAUGCCUGGAGGGAUCAGAUUGAUUUUUAUUUUGCUAGUUUUAUGGGAAUGACAUAGUUUGACAUUAUAUUCGUUAGUGUCCAUAUUAAGUAACACCCAAUUGUUCCUAUUUAGGAAAGACAGUCCAUUUUCUUUUACCCAAAUCCCUCUGAUCCUCUUUUAUAAUUUCCCUCUUUUCUAGGCAAUUUAUACUGUUUUGUUGUUUUGUUUUUUUUGUCGAUCUUUCUUUUAUUAUGGCAGAAGAUUCACAAUGUACAGAAUAGUAAGUAAGGAGUUAAAUCAGAUGGCAAAUGGCAUAUUCAACAACUUAAAACAAAUUAUACUCCUAAGCGAGGCAGCCACUUUUUUAUAAUAGGAACACAUGUUAUCAGGUUAGAUAUUCAUGAAUGGAGUAAAAGUUUAGAUGCUAAGAACAUGGCCUGACAGGCUAGGUAUGCAUGAGUAUUUUACGUGGCUUGUACAGGCAUUAAUAUUAAACAAGAUAGAACAGUAUGCAUGUGUGCACAACUAAAAAUGAAUCAUGGUGUGUCUGCAUCAUUAAUGAUAACAAAAUAAAGGGAAAAGAAAAAGAAGAUAAAAACAGUUGAGAUUGAGACAUGCUGAUAAGAGAGAGAAGUACCACCUAGAGGAGCUCUACUGGCUACAGCCUAUGCAUACUUAAUAAUGGGCUUAGCGUUAUGUAAGGAGAAGAGGGAAACAGUAUAAAACCAGGGAGAGUAUAAUGGGCUCAGAGUUCUGUGGUUAUCCAAUGCCUGUUGCCAGCAGGCCAUGCUGAGGCAGGUGAUCAGGGUCUACAGGACCAUCACAGGCUGUAAAUCUCAUCGCUGUCCACCGGGUCCCACUGUUAUAUACUCUCCUCACUGCAGUCAGGCUGAGUCUUCAAUAUUCCGUAGAACGCUGGUCCGCUUGGGUGCUUGAGCCGCAUGCAGGUAGGUGAGAACGGCAAGACCUCCGUCUGGCAGGGUGUCUCCGUGUGGGAGAUCUGCGAGUAGGCUUUACCACAGGUGCAGGCUGUGUGGGAUGCUUGCUCUUUUUUGCUCUCAGCCUUGGAGAGUUACAGGCUGUUGGUACAGAGCUGGAGGCCUCCAUGGUCACGGCUGAAGUGAAUGCCACACACAGGGCGUUGAAAACUGCCUGAAACAUAAUUUCACAGUGGAGCAUGUGCUUGGUCGGUGCGGCGGCCAUCUUGGCUUCACCACUUGCUUCUUGUCUGUAAGGUGAGUAUACUGGUAAGCUGCUGUGCCUUGAAGAUGUAGUAGAGUUCUCUGGUGGGGACCAAGAUAUCCCCCACUGGUCCAGGGGUGGGGUGGGAACCAAUCUACUUGAUCUGCUCUGCCGACCAGGAUGCCAGGAGAGCGGCCGUCUCUUCUACUCCAGGUCCGCCUAAAGGCCGCAAAGUCAGGAGUCGGGUGAUCCAAUGAGUAGCAUCACAAUUUUAACAUUGGUUCGCCAGGAUGCCAUCGUGCAUGCGGUUGCGUUUGUGUGGUCUGAUCUGCAGAUUGGCGGCCAUUUAAUGCUUAAAAUUAGUGCUUGGAGCAGGAGCUUGCAAGGCAUGCUUCUGCUCUGCUCAGAUGUCAGGCCCGCCCCCAAUUUAUACUGUUAAUGCAUCUGAAGGUGUAACACAGCUCCACACCAAUUAUUCUCCCAGUAAUGUGUCUUUAAUCCACAAUAAAUGUGUUUAGAAAUGAGUUUGUCUUCAUCAGUAACAUCUGAGCUAUCCUUCCAGUCUUGCGCUGUGUGGGAACUAUGGGUACGCUCUCUGGUUCAAUAUCAGACCAGCUUUUGGUUCUUGGUUGUUAAAUUGUUCACCUGCGUCUUAGUGGAACUCACACUUCUUCGUUGUAGAUUAUAUCACAGUUACUAUGACCAGACCAAGGUGGCCUUCCGGUGGUUAACAAACAAGAGCUUACUCCUGAGCCUGUAUUUUGGAUGUUUAUUCUAUUUUUUUUUUUUUUUUUUCAUUUGUAGUUUAUUGAAGGUUUUAAGGCAGAUAAAUACUAUGCAGCAGAUUUUACACACUUAUCUUGUUUUAUUUUUAUUUUAGAUGCAAUUCCAAAUUAUAUCCAAUUGCUUCUGCAGUGCCUGCUACUUUUAAAUGACAAGUUUUUUUAAACAUCUCCCAGAUAGUAUAAGCCUUACUAUAUCUUCUAUUUCUCUCAGGCACCAUGUUUACUAAUUGAUAGAUAUAAAAUAAUGUAGGCAUAACUUGACAGUUUUACCAAUACUCCUAGGAUGAACCCAAUAGAUUUAAUAGCAACUUUGGAAGAACAGCACAAUCUACAUCUACAUCCCAAGGUGGAGAUUAUUUAUUAAGCGCAUUUAACUGUGUCUGUAUAGUUUAAUCCAGGGGUGCCCAAAGGGUAAAUCUUCAUAAUGUAGAACCACAACUCCCAUGAUGCUUUGCAUGCUUUUAGAAUGACUAAGCAUCAUGGAAGCUGUAGUUUUAAAACAUCUAAGGAUUUACCUAUUGGGCACCCCUGGUUUUAUACUUACACCCUGCUCCCCAAAAAUGCUAAAAUAUAUCGCUCAGGGAUUGUUUUCUGCAUCUCCAUAUGUCCUGAUGUUACCUUUGACAUGUUACUUUAGAAGCAUACUGUCAUGUCUGAGAAAUACCUAUUGUGUGCUCUUACAUCAAGUAAAACCUUGAUCAAUAAAAUAAAUGAAAUGUUGGGAGACAUGAU